AUGUGGAGCUGGAUUUUCAGUGUGUUCAUCCUCCUGUCCUCCAUAAAACAUGCUGAAGCUCAAGGUAUUAUUGUCACAAUUACAAAUUAUCUUCCCAUUUCCCACCACCAUCCCAGACAAAGUUGAUUUCUUUGUGCUCACAUGUAUCUUUGUUUACUUGUGCUUUCAGGCAGGUGUAACAAUGUUCAAGCAGCAGAUAUCGUCUUCCUGGUUGAUGGCUCUUCCAGUAUUGGCAGAGUUAAUUUCCUGCAGGUCAAGGGCUUUAUGGCUGGAAUUGUAAAACCAUUUGCAAGUGCUGUCAGGGAGACAGGGAUACGAUUUGGGGCGAUUCAGUACAGUGACACUUCCAGGUAAAUUACAGGAUUAUUUUUCAGCUCUCCACUUCCCUGUACACACAAUAAGAAUCUCACUGCAGAUGAAUAAUUAUCUAUGAAUCCAUAUUUCUCUCCCUGCAGAGUUGAAUUCACUUUUACUACUUACUUGAAUGGUACGGAGCUUGUCAAUGCUGUGCAGAAUCUAAACUAUAAGGGUGGAAACACUCGCACUGGUGCUGGACUUAAGUUUGUGGCUGAUAACUUCUUCAACCCUGCAACCAGUCGGAAUGUCCCAAAGGUCUGUGAGGCAGCUUUUCUGUAAUGAGUGAGAUUUAUUAAACCUUUUUUCUACCUUUUAUGAAUAUUUGAUCCUACUUAUGGGUUUCCCUUAAUUCUUAGAUUACUAUCCUGAUAACAGACGGGAAGUCACAGGACAAUGUGCAGGAGCCAGCACAGAAGCUACGCAGUCAAGGAGUGCAUGUUUUUGCAGUUGGUAGGUACCUGGCAGCAAUUUUUGAAACUUUCUCCGUAACCACUUUUUCUUUUCUUUCUCUGCCAAUUUUUUUUUGUCUUUUUGAUAGGUAUCAAAAGCGCAGACAGGAAUGAGUUGGCUCAGAUUUCCUCCCAGCCCAGCAGUGAUUUCACCUCCUUUGUCGGAGACUUCAAAUUGCUGAACACACUUCUUCCUCUUGUGAGCCCUCGAGUGUGCACUAAAGCAGGGGGAGUGUAUGCAAGUGAUGGUGUGUUGCUGAGCACAGAUAUAAAACAAAAUGAUCACACUAUAAAUCUGUAUUUGAUUCAAUGUUAAUGCUCUCCUCUUCCCUCAGAGGCUUUUACUGGUCCAUCCAACAUUCAGUUCACAAGCCAGACGUCUGAUUCUCUAAGGUUCCGUUGGACUCAAGCAGGGGGACCAGUUAGUGGGUAUGUGGUCCAGUAUGUGCCACUAUCUGGCCUGGGUCAGCCUAUAACUGCUGAACUGAAACAGGUGAGUUGUCUCCUGCUUUUCCAAACUUUUUUUCUGAUUAAUAUUGUGCACACAGUGGUCAUAACAUGGACUGUCUUUUCAUCACUGCCUGUCCAUCCAUUUGCUUCUGCUUAUCUGGAGUUGUGGUGGAAGCGAGCUCAGCAAAUUUCCCAGUGCCAGAUGUGAUGUAUAAAGCCUCCAAAGGGGGGCCUCAAGAAGGCAUCUGUAUGAGAUGCCCCAAAACUCCUCAGUUGGCUCCUCUUGAUGUGAAGGAGAAGCAGCUGUACCCCAAACUGACCCACCUGAAGUUUGUGGCCACAGGUUAAAGUUGGAAAAGCUUAGCUGUCAGGCUCAGCCCCCUCGUCAGCACAACGUCUGCAUUACAGCUGAUGUUGCACUGACACAUCAGUGUCAAUGUGAUGCCCUGUCAUAGGGCUGGGCAAUAAACCGAAAAUUUACCAAUACAGAAAUUUACGACAAUAACUGACGUCAUUUUGCCCAUGUCAGUAUAUUCAUUGUCAAAAAAAUAAACAAUUAAAAGUUGGUUGUGGAUGUGUGUAGGUAGGCUAUGGUCUCAUGUCCCUUUAAGUUCCUGUCCUACAUUGGAGAUGUGACUCUACCCCAUCCAGUCUGUAACAAAGAGGGAAAGACAGGCAAGGAGAUAGAGGACGGUUCAAAAGUUGUAGCGGCUGGAACGGCGGCUGGAGUAGACGAAGUUAAUAUGGGAGGGGGUGGGCAGCUUUUGGAGUAGUUAUCGUCCAUUUAUUGUUUAUGAGAUGAACUGCUCAAUAUAUCGUGAUAUUGAUUUGAGGCCAUAUCGCCCAGUCCUACCCUGUUAUCACAUUAAGCAUCAGUCUUUGACCCUCUCCCUCUUUCUUUCAUUACCAGUAUGUGGUGCAAAAUUUAAAUAUUAUUGAAAAGACCAGUUGCCUUGGAGAUACAAAACAUCAUUCAUUGAGCCUACUCAAGAGCCGUACAGUUUAAGAAGCGUAUCCUUGGGCAUGAGGUUGUUGCACGGUGUAUGCAAGUUUUUUGGCAAUCAUAGCUGCGUUAGAACUUAAUUAAUCUUUCUUUCCAACACAAAAUGCCGAGUAUUGGUAAGUAGCCCUGGUAGUGACAGGUAGUCCUGACACAUGAUGAUGAGUUUUUAGAUGACCUAGAUAAAAGGGAAUUGCAAUGUAAAGAGCCAAAAGUCAGUCCAGCUUCUUCCAGAGAAACACUUACCUUUGAUUCAGGCUGAGUAUAAACAUGUCUAAUGGGUGGAUCUUCUUGAUGUAAGUGCUAUAGAGAUUAAACUUUGGCAGAGUGAAGGGUGAAAUUCCCUUCUGUGUACCCUGGCAGACAAGCUAAAGAUAAAAGAAUGCCACAGCUCAUCCAUCCAUCAUUAUGUUUCUGCCCCUGACUUUGCUAAGACUUGUCUUAGUCCUCAAAGUUUAGAGGGAUGACCUCUACUUUGCACCUGCAGGAGACUCUCCCUGCCAACCAGAGAAACUUCAUCGCACAAGAGCUGAGGUCAGGAACUGACUACCUGGUGACUGUCAUCGCCCAAUAUCCCAACAGUGUGGGAGAGUCUGUUUCUGCCAAGCAAAGGACCAGUGAGUAAAUUACAGAAAAAAUAUAUAUCUGCCAAAACACAAACCUCUCAUUCACCUGUAAUGUUGUAUUAUCACCUCAUACAGGGUCUCUGCCAGGGGCUUCAAGUCUACGUCUGGUCCAGGCAGGCUUCUUCUCUCUGACUGUAGGCUGGGAUCAGCCCUCCUCUCCUGUUCAGGGCUACAGACUUACUUAUGGACCACGAGGUCAGGCAAACAAAUGUGUCUUUUUUCUGUCUAUUUUUCCUUCAGUAUUUCCACAUGCACCCCUAAAGCCCCCCCUCUUACUUAAACUUCACAGAGUUACAUAAAAAUGACAGAUUGAAUUCAUUUGGGAAUUUAAAAAAAAAAGGAAAAAUCCAGAAAGGGUGCAGGCUGUAGCUUCAGCUUUACAUACUUUCCCUUUGCAAAUAACGUGGUGAUAAAGACAACUCUUGUACCACUAGGUAAAAGCUAUGUAAGCACAAAACAAAACAAACUUUACAUUUUGAAAAAAACUCAACUAAACAGGAGUUUUGAAAUUUCCAUUCAGCUUUUAUCCUCAACGUUUACCAUACAGAAGAUGAUGGAAACCAGGGGUCCGUUUCACGUAGGUGGUUCAACAAACUCUGAGUUAAAUCCUUAACUCUGAGUUGAUCUACUCUGAGUUAGGAAACUCUGAGUUUUCGGUUUCACAACACCUGAUUUGAGACGGUUUUAACAACUCCGAGUAGUUUGACCUGGAGUUAAGCACGUGCACGCCAGACAUAAACAGCCAGCAUCUGUGGAGCGCAGAUUCAAUGAUCAACCAAUGGAAACAGGGAGAAGGAGGGGGCAGCAGCAAGCCAACAGCGAAUUACAGCACGUUUUUAACAGAAAGUGCAAUACAGCAGCAGCUGCAAAGGAGAGGGAGAGGGCUUGGGAGGAAAUCGCUGCUCGCGUCAAUGCGUAACUUUAAAUCUAGUCUCGUGCAAUCACAAUGACAGACUGUUGCAGGGAAACUGCUUGAAUCAUUUUGAUCAUGUUUUACAUUGUCAAGUAAGUAUUAAGUGGCAGUUUGAUCCCUUAGAAAAUGCUCUUUUCACACUCAAAAAUGAAUUUUACUCUCUUAUGAUGUUCUGCUAAAUGAUUAGGAAUAUUAAACUAGCUCUCAGUAUGUAUAUGUACAUAUAUUAAACUAACACACACUACACUCAAUAUUAGACUUUCACUCAGCAAACAGAAAGAGGGCAGAUGCCAGAAAAACGGGUGGUGGCCCAGCAGCCACACCUUUAACGGAGGCAGAGGAGCUGCCCCCCACCCCCCCCCCUUCGACGAUCGCAACCCCCACCUCGUAGCAGCGAUCGUCGGACUGGUGUGUGUGUGUGUGUGUGUGUGUGUGUGUGUGUGUCUGGGGGGGGGGCAGCUCCUCUGCCUCCGUUAAAGGUGGGGCUGCUGGACCACCACCCGUUUUUGUGUUAGUUUAAUGUUCCUAAUCAUUUAACGGAACAUAAUAAGAGAGUAAAAUUCAGUUUUGAGUGUGAAAAGAGCAUUUUUUAAGGGAACAAACUGCCACUUAAUACUUACUUGACAAUGUAAAACAUGAUCAAAAUGAGAAAAUGCCGAUGUCUCACCUGAAACUCUGGGUUUACUGAGUUAAACCUGCUCCCGAGCAGGUUAGGUUCACGGAGUCUGUUACUGUGGUAACUGACCGAGAGGUUGAGUUACCUCUCUUUGUGAAACAGGUUAGAGUUACCCCUCUCUCCCUGGUUUAACUAACCCUCCUUUGUGAAACGGAAAACUCAGAGUUUCCCUGAUUUCAGGGUUAACAAACUCGGAGUUUCCAUUAAACCUGCUACGUGAAACGGACCCCAGGUUAGCAGAGUAGUGCUGCUCUUCUCACCUGUUUAUAUUGUGUCUCUUAUUUGUUUUUGUAGUUUUCAAUUAUUGUUAUUUUAACACUAGGGAUGAGAUGGUUGAUUGGUGUCAAAAACUUGGAGCAACAGUGUAUCUUAGAUUAUGUCCUAUUGAAUUGCAUCUGGCUGUACUGUAUGGUAUCAUAUAGUAUGAUUUUAUAUGCCGUUGUAAGGCAAUAUUGAAGACAAAACAGAGUUUUAUACAAUAAUAAUAAAAACUUUAACCUGGUUUUUCACUUGUGUAUAUCUACUGUACAUGUUCAGUGAUUUUUUUUUUAAAUGUACAAAGUGAACUUUCUCUCAUCUCAAACAAACUCUGCAUACUAACGUCAAAGUUUUUUGGCUUAGUUCAUCAUCUUAGAGCAGAGAUCAACGAGUUCAUAUGAAUUAAAGAACAUUAGAAACACCUGUUUGGAUCCAAGCAAUACCGACACAAAGUAAUUAUUCAUGCUCUAUUGCUUGCUGACAGUGUUAUCAUGUCACACACACAUUAUCUUGGCAGGAUGAAGGAUAUUCAAAGUGAAGGAGCGAAAGUUGCUACAGGAGUGAAUAACAGUUAACCUGUUGGUAGCAGGUUUGAAACAUGUCAAGAAUGUGUAGCAUUUAAGACUUGAGAACAGGAACAUGAACUUCUCCAACACCUUAACCCCUCAGGCACUGACUGUCAGUGAGGGGUUUAUAGCCCAUUCAUUACCUCAAAUAUCAAAUACAGUUUAUCAUCACAAGCAUUGAAGUAUCAUCAACGGUGAAAACUCUUACCUCAAAUCAGACGUUCUUUUGUCGUUGUGAUUUUAGAGACAGGGUGUGGCACUGAUCAUAGCGCUGUUGGGAUGUCUGGGUGCUUAUGCCAUGAUUCAGGCAAAGAGAAAAGUGGCCCCUGAGGGCUGAUAUAAACACUUUUUUUUAAAAGUGUGGCAGGAGUGCCAGUCUCACAUGGAGCUUGUGUGAGAGUAUUUAAAUGAGGUCUGUGACGAGAAGAGUGGUGUUUGUACCUGGUUUUUUUUUCACGUUUGACAUGGAUAAUUCACUUAAACAGGACAGAUACUGUCCCACACCCAAGCACAUGCACAUUCACAUGCACACACAUGUUUAUCUGCAGCUGGAUUGUGGCCAAACUAAAGAUUUAAACAAAGAGGUGAGAAUGACUAAACUUAAUGAAGUGAAGACAGAUCCCUCUUUUUUGCAGCUUGUCAGCUAAUUCAUAUAAUUCUCACAGUUCAGUGUAAUUUGUGAAUGCUAUGAGUGCACUAAUUGAUCUCCUGUAUGCUCUCCAUUAUUUUCAUGUGGUUGGACAAGCAGGUCAGCCAGCCGCUCAGCUCUUGGAGCAGUCUCUGUCUGCAGACUCCAGCUCUAUCACUCUGGAGUCCCUUCAGCCUGACACCGAGUACGUCAUCAGCCUCUACCCACUAUUCCCACGAAACUCUGCAUCCCCCUCCAUUCUCAACGCUCGCACAUGUGAGUUCACCCUGUGGCCCUUUAAAUAUGUCAAUUGCAGAGUUAUAUCAUGAUGGUUAAAGAUUUAAUCAGAGGACAUAAUGCAGAUGUUUGUUAAAACGGAAGCUUCUGUGAGGAACUUUGCAAUUGCAGCGAUACUGGUGCCCCUUGUGGACAAAACAAUAAAUGGUAAAAGGUGUUUUUUUAGUUGUAAAUUGCCUUUUGUGAUAUCUGGCCCAGUUAAUUCUACUAUUUCAAAAUUAUUAGUUUUGUUGCUGUUGGUCUUUGCUUUGUAGGUCAUUAAGAGGCAUCUGUAUUAAUCUCAGUCUGUUUUAUGCUCAGUUAAAAAAUCCUGUAGCCCUCAGGCCCUCCUCUCCAAAACGACAGUAGAAAAACCCAUCUGAAAGAGCGAAAAAUGUACCCAGGAGGGCCUGAGGGUACUUGAGUCUUGUUUAAACUAACAGUCCAGAGUAUGUCCCCUUUAUAUGUUGAUACUGUCUUCUGGUAUUAAGUUUCAGAAAAACAAGCCAGUGUUUUUCCAAAUAUCUGCGUGCUCAUGUUUUUGUGUGUGUCAGUGCGCCUUGAGGCAGUGCAGCAGAUAUCAGUGGAGACGGAGUCAGAGGGCAGUGUUCGCGUCCGGUGGAGAGGCGUCAGUGGUGCACGGGUGUAUCGUCUGGUCUGGGGACCAGUCACAGGUCAGGACAAAGCAGAAAGUUACAAACGACAUGUUUCAGUUUUUACACUAUCAGCUCUUUUUUAAAAACAUUUAGCAUACACAUUGAUUGUUCUUGCUUGUCUGUUGAGAAAGGUCGAAAUGUGGAGACAGUGGAGUUACCUGGUGACAGCGAGUUCUACACUUUGUCCAGACUGCAGGCCAACACAGAGUACAUCGUGACUGUCAUCCCACUGUAUGAGGGCAACACCGAGGGGCCUGCAGCAACAGCUAAGUUCAACAUAGGUCAGUUUGGAUUGAGUAUUUCUCUGCUUACUGUUUUCUGUAUUAUUUGUUAGGGGUGGGAGAAAAAAUCGGCAGAGUAUUGUGAUAUUUUGUCUGGUGAUUUAUCGUAUGGUCUCAUUUACCAAGUAUUGAUUUUUCAAAUUAAUUGUUAAUAUGAAAUCAAAUCUAUGACAAUGGAAAAAUAAAAUCAACUGGUUGUCCAGUGAGGUUGGCAGAGGUGCCAUCAUAGAGCAGGAAAAAGUCAGUACAACAAAUAUAUAGAAGGUUUGCAAGAUGUGCUACAUGAAAAUAAAAUAAAGCGUAAAUAAGACAAACAUAAAGGAAAGACAAAUGCUAAAUUAGCUAAACAGUUGAAAAAAAUGUAAAAAUUGCAUUAUAUUUUAUUGCAAUACUCACUGUAUCGCAAAAUGUUAAAACUCACGAUAAUGUCUUAUCUCGGCCCAAGUGUCGUGAUAAUAUCGUAUUGUGGGGCCACUAGUGAUUCCCACACCUAUUAUUUGUAUUUUCUUCCCUGUGAAAAUACUCUGAUACACCCACAAAAAAUUAUCAAUUUGCACAAUUUACUGUGUAAUUUUCCUAUUUUUCUGAGUCCCUUCAUGGUUUUUCACCUUCAAAGCUGUGAUACAGACCAGUUUUUCAGUGGGCUGUUUCCCUCUAAUGUGCCCUGCCAACCAAGGAGAAGGAAGGCAAAGACAGAAGAUUGUCGCAAUCUUCCGCCAUGAUUGUCUCUCAUUAACAAACCUACACAUGUAACUGUUUAUUUCUGUUUGAAGCACAUCCUCAGCACACCUACGCACUCACACUCACACACACACACUCACCAUCUGUGCUCUGUGAGUAAUGUCCAUAUGGAGUCACAAAGGUCCCGCAGUGUUAUUUGAAUGAAGGCUGAGUCACUGAAACUCUUGUGGCCCAGUUCUGCUAUCAAAGAGGGGAAAUAUAUACAGCGUGCUUCACACAGUUUACCACACAAACUCAAAUUGUAGCUUGUUUCUCUUUUGUUUGUUCCUGUGUAGACCAGUUGAGUAAUAACAGUUUGUUGUGUCUGUGGAUUGUGAUGAGCCGGCUGUCCCUUCUCAUUAGGAAAAAAUGUGGGUUUAAGCGAGGACCACAUUUAAUGAAAGAGAAGUUUUCACUCACAUAUAAAUCCUAAAAAUGUAUUUCAAUGCUUUUGCAUGCAUGAUACUUAAAGUUUCAGUGUAUCUUUAAUUAAACAUGGCAUUGAAAUUAUUUUUUUAAAUUAUCGCAUUUUGUUUAUCCACCUCCAUAUUUCCAACCACUUCAGUAGAAUUUGACUAAGCAACAUGAUGGGUGAUGGAGUCAAAUAUUGAACUUGUUAGUGUUUAGUCUGGCUCUCAGGCCCAGGGGGGACAUCAGCUGGUGCCAGUUGCUCAGACACUGAUCCAAGACUUUGUUCUUUGGCCUGUGUACUCCACACUGACAUUUCCUCGCUGAUUUAUGUUCAUCACACGUACAAGCAGAGCCCUGUGGCCACAUGCAGUAUGAGAAAGAACUUUUUCUCUCACAUCACUGACCUGUGUGAUUCCUUUGCUCUUUGCCAAGGAGUGCGUUUUUCUUUAAACCACUGCGGCCCACUACAUCAGCAGCCUGAGGGUGGAGGUGUGGUGCUGUGCAUGUAAUCUUUUUAACCAAGAUUGAGAGAGUUUUGGCACCCUGUCAAGUCAUACUUUUUGUAUCAUUUCACAACACAUCACUGAAUUGUUAUAGUCCUGGCAGGUUUUGAAGGUAAUUGUGCUGAAAUGCAGCAUCUGGCUGUAACCCUAUUAAAUCAAGUUUGGAUUUAGUGUGAGGUGUCAUACUUAGCAAUGAUUGACUACUUGGUUCAGCUGUUGGGUGUUGUUUUGCUCAGAGGCCAGUGAGAAAUUAGGAUUUCAGUUUUUUAAUUCAGUUAUAUUUAGUUAUAUUUCAGUGUUAUACUUCAUUUUUUUAAUUCAGUUAUAUUUCAAUUUUUUAUUUUAGAUAUAUUUAGUUAUAUUUCAGUUUUUAUUUCAGUUAUAUUUCAGUUUUUUAUUUUAGAUAUAUUUCAGUUUUUAUUUCAGUUAUAUUUCAAUUUUUUAUUUUAGAUAUAUUUAGUUAUAUUUCAGUUUUUAUUUCAGUUAUAUUUCAGUUUUUUAAUUCAGUUAUAUUUAGUUAUAUUUCAGUUUUUUAAUUCAGUUAUAUUUAGUUAUAUUUCAGUGUUAUAUUUCAAUUUUUUAUUUCAUUUAUAUUCAGUUAUAUUUAAUUUCUUUAUUUCAGUUAUAUUCAGUUAUAUUUAAUUUCUUUAUUUCAGUUAUAUUCAGUUAUAUUUAAUUUCUUUAUUUUAUUUAUAUUCAGUUAUAUUUAAUUUCUUUAUUUUAUUUAUAUUCAGUUAUAUUUAAUUUCUUUAUUUCGGUUAUACUCAGUUAUAUUUCAGUUUUCUAGUUUUAGUGAUGAAAAUUUUAACACAGCCCAUUGGACAUCUGGUUACUCUAAGAUAUUUCUAUGAUACAUUUCAGUUUGUUUUGACUGUAUAAAUUUAUAGAUUUCCACUUUGGUUGGAAAGGCAUUGCAAGAGGUAAAUGAAACAAUAAAAUUCUAAUAGGCUUCAAAUGAUUUUUCAGGUCUGUAUGAUACAAAAAUACCUGACAGAUCGAUGAACCGCAAUGCAGCUCAGUCUUGGGUUCACUUGUUUAUCCUUGUUCACGAAAUGGCCCUCUAAUGCACAGCUUAGCGAAAGGCCUGCUCAGGAACUAAAGUUCUCCAUGGCUAUGACGGCUUUCUGUCAAUUUUAAAACUGCUGGGGUUGUGACAUUUAGACCGAGAAACAAAUGUGUUCAUUAUUCCGGUUGUUAAGUGAUGUCUGGACGUAGGUUACAGUGUCGCACUGUAUUCAACUAGGGUCAGAGAAAUACAUUUGCAGACAUGUCUGAGACAUGAGUGAAUCAUCUUUGUUUACCUGCAGCCAAAGCUCAGGGCUAAUGAUCACAAAGACCAGCUCUGGAUGACUGAGGAACACAUGUGGGCACAGCAGAUGAAAACAUAACAAUAAGGCCUGCCUCAUGGAAAUUUGCAUUCAACAACAGGUUUUUUUAAUUUGUUAUGGGUCAUAUUAGCCAACAAGCUUGCACUAUCUCUAUUCAUAGACACAGCACAGGGGUGUUUUUUUCACAAGUGCUUAUCAAUCAAGAAAUGGUGAAUUUUUUAUUGAAUUUCAUAUUCAUGGUAUAAAUUUAUCCAUGAUGAUGAUAUGUUUGAUUUUUAAACCUAGAAGAAACACUGGUUUCUCCUGCUUCUCACUGUGUUAUGUAAACAGAAAAAAUGGCUGCCAUGUAAAUAUGAUGAAUUGAUUGUGGUAUUUUUUUUUGCUUUGUUUUAGCUACAAAAUCUCUUCUUCAAAUAAUAUUAAAGACAUUCUUUAAAAAAAAUAUUGGAAAAGAGUAAAACUGAUGACACAACACAUUGUUUAAUGUUUUCUGAUGCAUAUCCUGUGUUUUUUUUCUCAGAGCGUCAAGAGCAGCAAGUCCUCAGAGCAGCCACUACCGGCCCAUCCACUAUUCGCCUCAUCUGGAGACUUAUUCAGUCAUCACAAGGAUACCGCCUGGAGUGGAGGGAGGGUGAAGGUCAGUCAUGCAUGAGACACACAAAAAUUUAACGGUUCUUUUAAUUUUUUUGCACUUUUAUUUAAGUAUUUGGUACUUUUAAAGUGGACAGCCAGAUUUGUAAAAGUUAUUUUCAUGACCAAAUUAAUUAGAUAUUUAAUUUGUACAUUUUUUUUUAAGUCAUAAAGUUUGUGUAACAGAAAAUGCAAUUGCUUAAUCAUUACUGUAUCGCUACAUUAUUUGCUCACAUGCAACCUCAACAAGAAUCAAGUGCACACUCCAGUUUAAAGAUGCAACUCAAAAGGUGUUUGAGGUGGCAGUGCAAAAACAUAAAUACGUUCAUGUAUGCCUCCAGGAGGUCGUGCCCAGACCCUGUCCUUUCCUAAAAGCACCACCAGCUACGAGCUAACAGGUCUGAAGCCCAACACAGAAUAUAUCAUCACCCUUUACACCUUGUAUGAGGGACGUGAGGAGGCCACACCUGUCUCUACUGCAUCCAGAGGUGUGUGACCUAGCCGGGGGGAACUAAGCCCUGAAUUCAGUCUGAAUUGAUUUAUGGGUCAAUGUUCAGAAGAUGAAUUCCAAGUGGUUUUGAGUGUUUUAUUAAUGUAGAUAUUCUAUUUAAUAAAGUUUCUUAAUUCAUUAUGAGUGUCCUAAUUCUCCAUUCUGUGAUGUUACAGAGGAACAGCCAGUAGGGAGAGUGUCCAACCUGAGAGUUGUCGAGUCUCUGGGCAGCACAGUCAGGCUGGGCUGGACAGGCGUAACUGGGGCCACUCAGUACCGCAUUGUUAUCCUGAACACAGAAGGUAGACUGACUCAGUCUUUUCCUAUUUUUUUCCUAUUUUUCUCUUUUUUUUUUUUGCUCAUUAUGAACAGAAAUGUGUUUGAUAGUGCUGUGACUGUGUGUUUUAGCCCGAACAGAGGAAAUCAGGAGUAUCCCUGGAAACCAGACGACCCUUGACCUCAGAGACCUAACAGUUGGAGUGUCUUAUGGAGUCAGUGUCACAGCACUGGUAGGAGAAAAUACAGGCGAACCUGUGACUGUCUACAUCAAACCAGGUGUGUAGUGCAUUAUAACCUCGUUAACACGUCACACCUAUUAGCUCGUUAACACGUUAGCAUGUACAACAUUCUCCUGAUACUUCCUUUCAAGAAAAAUGUUUAUCUUUCUCACAUGAGGUCUUGCAUACCCUUUUUUUCAGAGCAAGGUGUCGGCAGAGUGACAAACCUCAGAGUGACAAACACAAACGGACGAAGACUUCGGAUCGCCUGGACAGGCGUUUCAGGGGCAACAGGAUACAGGGUUACUUGGAGACAGGGGAACAGUAAGUGAUCUCUUUUGUAGAGAGUGCGUGAGUUGUGAAAUCUUUGUAAAUGAAUUUGUCUUCAGGGUCACUGAUAAAAAUGAAUCAGAGAGUAAUCAGAUCUGACCUCUCAGUCCUGUAUAAAACAGAAGCAGAGAACUUUAAAAGACUUCAUGUCUUAACCUCUCUCUUUGCUUUGGCCUGCAGUCAGAAUUUUAAAAGGAUCAUUUUAUUCACCCUCGUUCUGACCUACAGGGGGAGAGCAAUCCCGUCCUCUGGGGGCAGAGGCUGUGUCUUACACCAUAGAUGGCCUGCAGCCUGAUGAGGCACUGGUUAUCGGUGUUGCAGCUGUGGUUGAUCAACGUGUUGGAGAGGCGGUCACACUGUCCGCCAGAACUACUGCAAAUGGUGGAUCGGUGUCUGGUCUUCGAAUUGUUGACAUCACAUCUAAGAGGGUUCGCAUUUCCUGGUCACCAGCUCUCCGGGCGACUGGCUAUAAGAUUACAUGGCGGCGUGCUGAUGGUAUGCAAUCAUUAGGAUUAGCCUUUGGAAAUGAUAUGCAUUUGGAUAUGAUUUAUGAAAAGUGAGUAAAAUGAUUAAGAGUGAAACCAUUUAGAAAUGGUCAAGCCUCGUCUACCUACGUGUAACUGAGGUUGGAAAAUGAUUCAAAUUUUCUCGCCCUUUGCUGUGUUUUCUUGUUGCAGGAGUUGAAACAACUCGUAAUGUGCCCUCUGACAUCUCUUCCUACACCAUUGAUGGCCUGCAGGCAGAUUCAGCAUAUAACGUUUUUGUUUCCUCGCUUACCGGCUCCCGUGAGGGAAGUCCUGCCACCAUCAGUGUCAGAACAGGUACAGCACUGAAUCCAUCAAUCGAAUAUUGUUAUUUGUGCCUUUCUCAAGAAAACUCAAUGCAAUUGGGAAAUAAAUAGUACAAAAUAUGAAUAAAUGAUUGGUAUUCUGAUCUUCAGAGUCAGACUCAUCUGUGGUCGGGACUGUGACAUCACUGCAGGUCGAGGAGACUCGUGGAGAGGUUGUCCGAGUCACCUGGGUCGGUGUGCAAGGAGCGACAGCUUAUCGUGUGUCCUGGAGCAAAACUGACGGUAGAUCAAUUUUGCUUCUGUUGUAUUAAUUUGUGUUACCUUCUCAGAUCAGGUUAUUCAGCUGAGAGCAGAGACUACCCAAACUCCAUGUCGCUUCUAUAAGCACAUCAUGUUGAAGUUUGACCAUGACCUUGUGUGUGUGUAUUUACACUCUUCUCUGCUGUAAAACUCUGUGCGUCUGCAGGUGGUGAACAGAGGAGUCAGCUGGUUGGGGGAGAUGUGACAGCUGUUGAGUUAGACCAGUUGGAUCCUGGAGUCCAGUACGAGGUGCAGGUCAUGGCUUUAGUUCAGAACAGAGAGGGAACCCCUGUGUCUGUCAGAGUCACCACACGUGAGUAUUUUUUUAGGGCUCCCACAACAUUUGAUAACCUGAUAGAUUGGACAGAAUAUCAAUUGACCCCAGUAGUGAUGUUCACAUUGAAAUGUAUCUUCCCCUAUGACGAUUCUCUCCUUAAAAAUUCUGUUUUCAUUAGCUUACAAAGUAUCAGAGUUAUCAAGAAGCCAGUAAGCAUGAUGCAGAAGUCAAGCUGCAUUCCAGUUACCUCUGAAGUCGGAUGUCGGAGCUGGGGAUGACGUUACACCUGAGUUGACGGCGUUUCAGUUAACAAGUCAGAAAGCCAAGAUGGAUGCCGUUGUUAGCUGUAGUUUACAAUUGUCAGCUGGUGUUGGCUGUUUUCAGCGGUUGUCAACGGUUGUUAGUUGUUGUUAGCGAAACCUGUUGUAAACGAUGCAUAACGCAGUAUUUUACUCGUACAAACACCAUAGCACUGUGUUCACAGUUAGACGUUGGGCAUUACAACAAAUACCACUUAUUUAAUUUCACAAAAACAAAACAGAAGUGCUAAUAAAUAAUACAUUACGAGAACUUUCACUGUUACUCUUUACUGUUGAUGCACUGUGCUGCCAUCUUGAAUUAUGAUGCUUUCCUCAAGUUGGGGUUGGUGAGGAUUGUCCGACUUUCAAAGUCGGAAAUCCGACUUCAGGGGGGCGUUCCAGAUGAAUUUCCGACUCGGAGCUCGAAAAUUCCGACUACAACUGGGACGUAGUAUUAAUAUGAGAGUAAACUCACUUGUUAGCAACCACGUGUACAUUCCCAUAUUUAGUCCGUUAUAUUUCAUGAAACAUUAAUUUGAACACUGGAUUGCUUUACAUACAGCUGGCACCACAAUUCCUCAACAAGGGACUACAACUUUACGUGUGGCAGAGGUUACCCAGAAUUCUGUGCGGGUAAACUGGAAUCCACUGAGGGGUGUCACAGGAUAUAUCUUACGCUGGAGAGAUGAGAAAGGUAAAACACAUCAUCAUGCACAUGGCAAUUAACUCUGAUUUGACUAAUAUGUGCACGCUCUGAUACCAUGUCAUUUUCAUUGUUAAAAUCUCAGAUUCGGGCCCAGGCCUGUCAGUUACGCUCCCCGCUGCAGUCACCUCCUAUCAGGUAACUGGGCUGCGUUUAGGAAGGCGAUAUCGUUUUACUGUUCAACCAACCUUUCAGACUGGAUUGGGAACAGAAAGCUCUGUUGAUGAACACACAGGUAACAACAACGCAAACUCCUCUACACAAACUAUGAACACCUUUUGAUUUCUUACAUACACAAACAAACUCCUGUGGCUGCAGUGUGUGUGGGUGGUCGUUUGGAUGUGGUGUUUCUGGUUCCUGCUUCAACCGAUCGGCUGCGCCUUGCAAGACCUCUGCGAGAGCUCCUCACCAGUGCAGCGCGGUCCUUAAACACUAUCGGGCCGCGGGAUUCACAGGUACAGCUUUCUAAAGAUUGGGACUCUGAGCAAUAAUGGUGUUUUGAGCGGUGCGCUGAAUCAAUUAUAUUCCACCCACUUCAGGUUGGUGUUGUGGUGUACAGCUACAGACCCAAAAUAUGGUUCCUGCUCAACCGCCACAGCAGAUCUGACACUCUCCUUCAAGAGAUCCAAUCCACUCCCUUUGAUGAAGGCCCAGGGAAUAACAUCGGUCAGUUGGUGUUUUUAUUUUCUCAGACUUCCCCUGGGUUAGCAGUUGAGAUAACAUAUGUCUCCCUCUACAGGUGAAGCAGUGACUUUCACCAGACAAUACCUCCUGACCCCGACAGCUGGACGUAGACCGACGGUCCCAGGUGCUGUCGUCAUCAUCUCAGACCAGAAAUCAGCAGAUAACCUCACUGCAGCAGUCAGUGGUCUAGUAGGGACAGGUGUGCUGUUUUUUUUCACCUAUAAAGUGGUUGAAUUAGAACUUUACUCUGACACAUCUACCUCCUGUGCAGACCUAUAAUCUGGGAAAUAUUCAAACCUUUCUGUGACUUUGUGCUUGCUAGGUGUGACAGUGUUAGCAGUUGGCGUAGAUCAGGCAAAUACUGAGGAGCUGCGUCAGGCAGUGACGGAUGGGAGCCCCCAGAACAUCUUGUUUGCCAGGAGCGGGGCUCAGCUGGAUGGCACUCAUGCUGAUCUGGCAGACUUGCUCUGUGGUAUUGCCAGAAUACCAGAGGUAAGACAAAACCUGAAAAAAGAAGGCGUGAUUUGUUUGUAAUCUUUUUUUUCAAGCUUGGCAUCCUCUUCAUAUAAUUGUACAAACAAAACUUAAUAUUUUUUCAUUUUUGGGUACUCUUUUUCCCAAUUUCAUGAUCUUACAACAAACAAAAUAUUAAGGCAGACCCUGGAAAUGGUCUCAGUUUUUGGUGGAUUUUCACUGGAAACAGUGUUUUACUGUUGAGGAGGGUGAAACUUCCUUUCCAGCCGGAUGUUUAUGUCCUUUUUCUGUCCAGGUCACUCCAGGACCUAGCCAGUGUGUCCAGUGCCCACGGGUGAGUCAAUCUGACACUUAACUCUCUGUUUCUAAUGCUCUGGUUAUUGUGCAGCUCCUCUACAACUGGUAGAGAAAUACUUCAGAUCUGAUAACUGAUUGAAACAGGACAUACUCUCCUCUCUUUGUCUCCUUCUCACAUGUUUUUUUCUUUCUCAUUCGUUGUAGGGGGAGAGAGGAGAGCGUGGAGAGAGGGUAUGUCGAAGGAAAUUUACAAAAGUUAACUACUGUUCUUCUGAUUUGUAUUUGCUUCUGUGAAUUGUGAUCUCUUUUGUUGGUCCUCUAAGGGUGAAAGUGGCAGAGAUGGUGCAGAUGGACGCAAAGGAGAGCCUGUGAGUCAUGAUCCAACACCAACCUGUGUGACUCCUUUUGCGGUGUUGCAAAGUUGUUUAAUCUAACAUACUUUUAUUGUGUGUUUGUGUGUAGGGCCGUGAUGGUUUACCCGGAAGGGAAGGCCCCCGGGGACCUGAGGGACGUCCAGGUUCUCCAGGUCCCCCAGGCCAAGCUGGCUCAUUUGAUCCUGCAAGGGCAGUGAAAGGAGAGAAAGGGGAGAGAGUGAGUAUAUCUGAGGCCAAACUAAAACUACAGACUGUUGUGAGUGAGAAACAAAGGUUAACCUUUUCUUUUUUUCUUUUUAGGGUUUUCCUGGAAUUGAUGGAAGUCCAGGUUUGCCAGGACGGCCAGGUGCCCCAGGAACAGCAGGGCUCCCAGUGAGUACAUUUCAGGACCCAGUGAGUUAUAUAUUUUGUUGUAUGAUCACAGAGGGAAACAUAAUGAUGCUGUUUUGUGUCUGCAGGGUUCACAGGGAACACCGGGUAUCAGAGGAGACCCAGUGAGUAUCUCAGAUUCUCCUGAACCACAGAGUUGUCUCAUGGCAUUCAUAAGUUUAAGCACCACUUAAACUUUUUCUAGGGUGGACUCGGUGCAACAGGGCCAGCAGGUCCGAAGGGUGUUAAAGGUGAAAGGGUAAGAUGAAAGACCAUUUCAAACAUAAAGUGUUUGUCAUUUUUUUGUACUUAUUUCAAAAACACAUAGCGAACAGUGUAUAUGUAAGCGCUCUAUGAUGUGUUCACCUUAUGUUUCAGGGUGAACCAGGGUCAGCUGUGUCUGGAGGAGGUCUUCCAGGGAGGAAAGGAGAGCCAGGCAUCCCAGGGAUACCUGUAAGGAACAAACUUAAAAGACAUCACAGACUUUUGAUAACAUCAUGGUCAUCUUAACCAUCUGACAAACAUCAUCAGCAUAAUGGUGACAUAAUCCCUCUAUCCCGAGUCUCUCCGUUGUGUCCUUGGGCAAGACACUUAACCCACUUUGCUCUCAGUGUGUGUCCCCUCUGGUAUGUGAUUGUUGUGUGGUGGUGGUCGGAGAGGACGUAGGCGCAAACUGGCAGCCACAUUUCCAUCAGUCUGCCCCAGGGCAGCUGAGACUACUAAGGUAGUUUACCACCACCAAAGUGUGACUGUGUGAGCGAAUGAAUCAUGCAUCCAAUGUAAAGCACUUUGAGGGUCUCAGAUAAAACGCCAAAUGAAAUCUGAUGCAUAACAAUAAUAUUAAUAAUAACAACAACAAUAAUAAUAAUGAUCCCGCCCUGAUUCACCACAUGUUUAUAUUGUGUGUUAAGGGUACUCCAGGUCGUUCAGGCAUUGAUGGGUCCAAAGGUACUCCUGGAAUUCCAGGGACACCAGGUCAGGAUGGUCGUCCAGGUAUACCAGGAACUCCUGGGACCUCCAUCAAGGUUUGCUCCUUCCAGUGCUUUUCCCUACAUAAAUGUGUACCAGAAUUUGACAGAAGAAAGCUCCAGAAAAGGUCACGCUGAAGACAAGAUUUUGUUUUUCAAAUACACCUGUAAGAAAAUGUUGAGCCAGUAACAGGAGACAUACCAACACUCAUCUUUUUUUAAAGCAUAAGAAACAACCCAACUGUUUUUUUAAGUGGGGUUUUAUGAGGUGCUUGUCACAGUGCUCUCGCCACAGGGGAUGCCGGUCAGAUUGACUCCUUUGUUGAGAAAGUGGCUGUAAAACUGAAAUAAAACUGGAAGCUGGACAUUGUUUCUUGAGGGUUUGGGGUUUGUGCAGCUGUGGCAUGAUGUGAUUACCCUUUUAGCUUUUAUCUGUCUCUUACAAUCCUGUCCUCUUGUACAGUUUGGGUAAUGUGGAAUAUACUUGUUUGCUUUGAUGGCUUUAGUAUGUGUUUUCUGUUUGCAUGUAGGUCAUUCUAGCUUUUAACAUUGUUUUAUUCAUUUGUUAAAUUCAUUGGUUCUUCUGCAGAUGGAGUUGAACAGCAGUUUUCCCACCGGCAGCUCACUAACAGUUUAUUUUGGUAUUUUUGAUAUGGUUAACAGAUUGUGUCAUUAUAUAGUAAAACUAACAAUGAGUGGUGAACACUAACUUUAGAGGUGUACACCCAUUAGACUUUUUCUGGUUUUCUGAAUAAACUUUUGGAUAUUGAAGGAAGCCAGUAAAAUGUUGACUGAAGCUGUAAUAUGAUCUGCUGGUAUCCGCUAAUUCAGAAAGGUAAUAAAGUACUGUGUUGACCAGGUCCCACUGAGUUUUCCCCACUCAGCCCAUGGAGCUUUCUUCUGCUGUAGAUUCCAGCUUGUAAAGGUUUCAGUUUGUGUCCAUCAUCUUCGCUGUCAGAUUUAUUCAAUCUUUAGUUUUGGUGUAUAUAUUUGUUUCAUUUGAAUCCUGCUGACUCAAAAAUAGCUGAUAAGUACUCUGCAGGUAGAAGAACAGGCAGGUGUUGCAUCCAAAAAUGGUGUAAAAGCAUCUAGGCUUUCUGUAGGCAAAGAGAAACUGAACAUUUUCCAGAUAGUGUGCACAUUUAUGCUGAAAAAGGUGCUCACAUUGAAGUUUAUCAAAAGUAGUUAAACAACAAGGUAGAGCUGACCAGGUCUGCACUAGUUAAUAGCCUAGCUACCGUUUUAGUUCUCUGGAUGCUCUCUCAAGGAGUGAAGCUGACCAGCAGCUCCUGUGGGUAAAAUGCUAUAGACAAGUACCUCAUGAACACCUUUUACAAAAACACCAAGCUAUCUCUUUGACUGUUUUCACAUUAUUUUCUGAUUACAUUACAUUAUUAAGGUAACAGACAUGAUAACAAUCACAAAUUCAGUCUAUGAACUACCACAGUUUGUUGGUGCUUACCUCUUGUUGUAGAUUUCUUAGACAAAACUGUUAUUUUCAGACUUGUGCACAUGGUGGUAGCAUUGAGCUGCUUUUGUCUUUUCCAGUAGAGGCUCGAGCAGUUACUGAAUGUGUCAUGAAAUCAGAUUUUUGGUUUGGUUACGCAUUAUGUUUAAUGUUCGGUUUUGGAUUACAAAUAUGAGGAAUUUUAUUAGAAUCAAAUAUCAAAUCUUAUUUGAAUUAAAGAAAAAAAAAAAAUCCAAAAGACUCACUCGGUUUCUACUCUUCAGUAUUCACAAAGAAAGCAGUCAGGUAAUUGAUACUGAUACAUAAGCCAUUUCUUAAUACAGUAAUGACGUCAGCGUAUGAGUAGAUGUGGAGAUGAGGACAAAUGACAAUAAUAUUUGAGUUAUGUUUUUGAUGAUGGUGUGUUUUUUUUUCUAGGGGUGGGAGAAAAAAAUCGAUUCACAUAAGUAAUCGCUAUUUUUUGCUCUACAAUUUUAAAUAAAGGUAGUCAGUAGACAAUCAUAAUCAUUCAGAUGUUUCACGGGCAUUUAAAAUGCAGACUCAAAAUCGAGGGAAUUGACAAUAUUGUAGAAUCGCAAUUUAAAUCGAAUCAGCAUCGAAAACAAUGUAGAAGAACCGAAUUAGGAAAAAGGCAUUUCGUCCAAGCCCUAUUUUUUUCCAUUUAUUAACAAGUUUUGUGUUUUAUUAAAGCACUGUAUGGAGAAGUGUGUUACAUCUAAUCAAAUCAGCCUUUGAGUUUGUGUGUAGAGUCCUUUUGUAAAUGACCCUAAAAACACUUUUCAUCACCCACUGAGUGUUUGUCUCCAUCUUUUGCAGGGGGAAAAGGGCGGCACAGGAGAGCGGGUGAGUCACACCAUCAGCAGCUUCUCCUCUUAGCACAGAAAUGUCCCAAGGAGCACACAUGUAUAAUGAUCCUCAGCUCUUAUCUCUCUUUGCUGGCAGGGACCUCCAGGAGUCGGCAGUGGGGUGGCCGUCAAGGGCGAGAAAGGCUCCUCAGUAAGAGCUGUCAAUCUCUGCUAAUGUGCUGACAUGUUUGGUUUGCAGAUGAACCCAGUGUGUGAGCGGUUGUGAAGAUGUAGUUUGCAUUUGCUAAUUGCAUUUUUAUUAUCAGGGUACUCCAGGAACUCCAGGGUCUCAGGGUCCUCGAGGGCCGGCAGGACCACCAGGCAGCAAAGGAGACAAGGUGGUUGCAUAGGGACUCACUACAUGAGUGUGUGAGCAUGUGAGGGGUUUAUCUUACAGGCAUGGAUCAUGUUGUUUUAUGGUAUUUUUUCAGGGUGACGGUGGUGAUGGGGCAACUGGACCUCCAGGCAAACAGGGGGAGCCUGGGGAUCGGGUAAGUUGAACACACAGUGGUCUUAGAUGGCCAAUGAUGAUGAAUUCAGUUCACACUGGAAAAAGACUGAGAGCAGAAACCACUAUCAUGUCUGCACAUUUGCUGGAAACCAGAAAAGAGGAUUAGGGCCACAAGAAGAGAAAAAAAUAUUACAAUCUCGCAGUUUAGACUUGAAUCUUGUUCUAGUAAUAAAAUUUUUUUCUCCAUGUGGCCCUAAUCCUCUUUCAUGGGAAACCCUUCGAAAUAAUAAUAAAAAAAAAAAAACAUGUACAUCUAGAUUACGAUUAUACUUUUAAAAAAUGACAGACACGCAGAAACUUGGAAAAGUAAUAAAUCCCGACCUGGUAUGAGGAGCUUUGGGCGAACAGCCAAGUGAAAGUUGUGCCCGUCAGGCUGUUAUAUUUGAAUAAAUGUAGUGCCACGCUUCUGCCUAUCCUGCAAGAUAUCACUGACCAAUGAUACCAAAAUAAUUCUGCAUAUUUUAAUAUUGUUUGCAUAAAAGAUUCAUCUGUUAUGUAUAAGGGGGCCACGUUCAGCUGCAAAAGGAAUUUGAUGUUGUGGCAGUUUAUGUCAUACAGGCCUAUAACCAUUUGCAAUUCAAAAUAUAGCUGUGGGUCAAUGACUGUUUUAUUGUCAGACAGAAAUACUAUACAAUAUCAUCUGAAAUAAAGGCAGACAUUAGAUAUUAAUGGUGAAGGUAAAAGAAAAGAAAAAUACUGAGCCUCAUAAUUCAGGAGUUAGAAACAGCUUUAUUAUCAAUUAGCACAUGUAGCUUCUUCUACCGAAGUUAAUCAGUUUGUUCUUUUCUCAGCAAACCUUCAAUGUUCCAUGCGAUUUUGCCUGGAAAAAAAAAACUGUUAGUAUUGUUAAUUUAUUAAUAUUUGAACUUUUUGUGUGUGUACUUUAGGGUGCUCGUGGGCCUCCAGGAGAAAUUGGUUCCAAGGUAUGAUAAAUAAAAAAAACAGCUUCUUACAAGCUUUAAAUAGAAGAAUGACAUCGCUCUCUGUGCUCUAUCAGGGUGACCGAGGAGCGCCAGGUGAGCCGGGGUCACAGGGAGACAGGGUGAGUCUUGUGAUUUCCCAGUGAAUCGGAUGGGUGUGUGCACGUCUGUGUCUGAGAGAGUCUUCGUGACGUUUCUUUUGGCUGUGAUCCAAAUUUUUACAGCUGUGAUGCCAGGUUUUGUAGCAAAGUUCACCUCGAGGAAAUUCAUCAUGAAGAAAAAGAAAAAAAAGGAUGACAUUAAAGAUGCUGCUUAGCCUGCGGUGUAACUCAUUGAUCACAAAAAUGUUGAUUAAAAAGAGUCGAAGCACAUCAGAAGAAGAAUCUGAAGAAACAAGCUUCAGAGAACUUAGUAUCAUUAAAAAGAGCUUACAUGAAGAUUUUUUUUCUUCUUUUAUUUUUCUUCUUUAAUGGAUGCCUGUAUUUGAAAUAUAGUGAAAUUGUUUUGUGUGAUGAAAAGAAAACUAUGGUGAUGGAUGAGAAACUAGAAAAGGUUAUGAGGAAUAUUUGUAUAGUUUCAUCAGACUCAUAUUUUACUAAUGUAUUUGUUAUUCAAAAAAUAAGCACAUGCAGGGUUAGGGUUAGGAAAGGGUUAAGAGGAGUCCCACUCCUAUUGUUUUUUUUAGUACUUUAAGUGAUCUCAGUGGUCUUUGCAUUGUGAUUAUGAAGAUUUUACAAAAAAAUGCAUUACCUGAGUCAUUUUCAUGGGCUUUUCUUUUGUAGAGCUCCACUUGCUCAUUAGCAGCCUAACAUUGCCUGUGUAGUAGAAGUGGCAGGUAACAUAGGAGCUGUUCAGCUCUCGGACACUAAUGUCCCUAGAGACACGAUGAAAGCUAAUAUCAUCAUUAGCUUUAUUAUGAGCAUUGCAAUCCGCUAAUGCACACGCUUGUUCCGCGAUUGUCCUCUCUAUUUCUCUUCUAUAUGCAGAGUGCAUCCUGCAUACCCGGGCUCUGGGGGCGGAGCUUGGAUUGGUUACGAAUGAAAUCUCACUGAUUCUGAAUCUGCUGUUUAGGUCUGCCAGAGAUUCACAGCGAUUUGAAUGAAGAAAUACUCAGAAAAGCAUUUAGCAUUUAGUUUUCUUGUGAUAUGUCCUGCAGCUUCAGAAAAAUGCCAUAUGAACAUAUAAAAAAACAAGAAAAACAUGAUUUUCAUUGGAGUGGGUCUUUAAGCUCCAGCAACAAAUUAUCCAGAUAACUGCAUAUUUAAUUUACUGUAGACAUGCUCCUAUAUCGUUCCAUUUCAGUAAAUUUUAUGGGGUUCAGUUAUAUUACGGUACCACACUGGUGCAUUGACUUGGUAAUUGUAAAACCUGAUACUGUGUUUUAGGUUGUUUCAGAGGCUAGUAAUGAUGUUGGUAUUGGUACUGAAAAAGAUGCUGUGUAUAUAGUUGCAUCUCAAGUAAUUAGAAUAUCAUGACCAAGUUCAUUUUUAUUUGUAGUUGAAUUCAGAAAGUCAACUUUCAUAAGUUCUCAUAUUCAUGACAAUACAUUUUUCUUAAAAUGAAUCAAAGUAUAUUCAUUUCUGCACUCAAAACUUGUUAAGUGCUCCUUUGCCAUAAAUUCUCGCAUCAGUACAGCGGGGAUCAUCCUGUGGCACUGCUCAGGUGUUAUUGAAGCCCAGGGUUCCCUGAUUGCAGUCUCCAGUUUUUCUGUAUUUUUGGGUCAAAUGUUUCUUGUCUUCCUCAUGACAAUGCUCCACAUAUUCUCCGUGGGGUUCAGGUUAGGUAUGUUGGCUGGCUGAUGAAGUGCAGUGUUAUAGUGCUCAUCCUUUGGUAGUAGUUUUGGAACUGUGAGAAGCUGCUAAGCCCUGCUGCUAAAGGAAAUUACCAUCUGCACAAAGCUUGUCAGCACAUGAAGGCGCUAAAAUCUCCUGGUAUUCAGCUGUGUUGUCUUUGGACUGGAAUACAAUGGAACAACACAAGCAGAUGGCAUGGCAACCCAAAUCAUCACAGACGGAAGAAACUUAAACACCUUAAACUCUGUGCCUCUGUGCCUCUCCACUAUUUCUCCAGACUUAGAUUUUUAAAUUAAGUGUAAAUUUUGCUUUUGAAGUGAAUUUGGUUCAGAAGUGGCUCAGUGGUACAAAUGUGACAGUUGUGGUUCCUUUCAACAAGACCUUAUUGUGUGGUGGCUCUUGAUGUACUGACACUAGCCUCAGUCCAGUCCUUGUGAAGCUCUCCAAAGUCCUUGAAUCAACUUUCCAAACCGUGCUCUCAAGACUGCAGUCAUCCACGUUGCCCUGAUGACAUUUUCCCUUUCACUGAAAUUACCAAUACAGCUCUCUUUAAACAGCCAACCUUUUCAGCAAUGACCUCCUUGAUCCUCCUCGUGGAUGAUCGUCCUCUGGACAAAUAUCAAGUCAGCAGUUUUCCCAUGAUUGUGAUUAAGUGUACUAAAAAAGACUUAUAGAUAUGCGGUAUUUAUUUUCUUUGAUUAGUAAUUCACACAAACUCUAAAUUAAAUAUUGUAAUAGUUUGAAAUGUGGGUUUUUACAUUUUUUGAGCUUGUAGGUCAUGAUUAUUAUAAUUAGAAUAUAGAAAUCCUUUUUAGUUUGCAUGUAAUCCUGAGUCCAGAACGCAUUACAUUUUCAUUCUCUUGAACUAAUGAUGGGAAAUGUAAAACUUGGGUAACACUUUACUUGACGCCUAUUUCGCCAACACAUAAAUAUAUGUAUACAUACACUGUAUAACUAUCAUUAUAAACACUCAUAAAUGAUUAUAGUGCUUUAUAGCAAUAAUCACAACACAUUAUAAAGCAUUUUAUCACGACUUACAAGGUCAGGUACUAUAAUAUGUUAUAACUGUUAACUACUCACUGACAAUGCCCACACAGAUAAUGCAUUAUACAUACAUAUAUGAUGUGUUGUAAUUUGCUUAUAAACUUGUAUGUAACUAUCAUUAUAAACGCUCAUUAAUUAUCAUAAGGCUUUAUAACAAUGAGUAUAACACAUUAUAAUUCCUGACCUUGUAAGUCAUGAUAAAAUGCUUUAUGAUGUGUCGAUUAUUGCUAUAAAGCAUUAUGAUCAUUUAUGGGUGUUUAGAACUAUACUUAUACAGUGCUAUAACGUGAUUAUAACCCAUUAUACAUAUAUUUAUAAUGCGUUUUAGAGAUAGGCAUCAAGUUAAGUGUUACCAAAACUUUUUCACAAUAGUAUAAUAUUACUGAUAGGUACAAGAACAAUUCAGCACAGCUGUUACACUUUUGGUGUAGAGUGCAGGUAUUCUUUACAGAUGACAACCGUAUCUCUUAAGACUCUGAAAACCCUUGAAUAAGGCUACAAUUACAACAGCAAGGGUCAAGGAGUGGGAUGUUUGUGCAUUAAUUUGUUGCUGUAGAAAGAAAACAUUUCUGAGGACAUUUAAUAAUCCUGACUUGUGUUUCUUUGCAGGGAGAGAGGGGACCAGCUGGUGAACUUGGGGAAAGAGUGAGUGCUGCACUGCUGGUUUUAGCUUUUGAUUUAAAGAAGUCCAACUGUUGACACAAGGAUUUUAAACUGUUGACUGUUUAUCUCUCAGGGGGACCCAGGGAAGCCAGGCCUUGCAGGAACACCGGGUCUAAGAGUGAGUGACAGGCUGCCACUCAGUAUUGGCUAAUCACAUCAGAGGGCCUUUUUUCUUGUUACAAAAAGAAUAUUCUGACCGCCAUAAAAUUCACAGUGACUGUCAUGAAUGCAUCUUUUUCAUUUGUCAUUAGGGUCCAGCAGGCCCCGUUGGACUUCCAGGGGAAAAGGUAAGACUGAUUCAAUUAAGGGUAAAUGUAUGAGAUGCGAUGGGUCAAUAGGAACGUGAUUUCUUCACAGAACGUUUCAUAAUCUGUUGUAAUGAAUGUCUUAGCAAAGAUGAACGGAUAAGUGAACCUGUCUGUUUCCAGGGAAACCAAGGAACUCCAGGGGAGCCCGGCAGGAGUGUAAGUUAUCAGAUGAGAAAAAAAAAAAAAAAACUUGACAUAUAAUCAUUUAUCUUUCCUUUCAUUUAGGAUAUGCUGUCACUGUGUGUAAUGAUAAGUCUUUGCUGUGUUUUUUCAAUCAUGCAGACUCCAGGUUUUGCAGGCAAGAAAGGAGAUCAGGUGAGUUGUUAAGAUAUGCUCUGAUACAGCUGGUCACUGACACAAAAACUUUCGAUAUGAUGUGUGCUCGGCUUUUGUCCACAGGGUGAGCGAGGUCCUUCAGGUCCAGAGGGACAAAGGGGAGAAAAAGGAGAUAUGGGACCUCGAGGAGAGAAAGUGAGCAACCCAGGAAUAGAUAUGCUCUAGAAAAACACUUUUAUUUUAUUUGUAAAAAGCAACUAUCUGGUCUUUGUCAAAAUGACAUUUCCUGUAUUCAUCAUUUUCCCAGGGGGCUUCAGGGUCAGGAGGGUCUGGUGUACUUGGAGCUAAAGGAGACCCAGGCGAGAGGGUGAGUUUAUCGCAACAUCUCUUUAUCAGAAAAACAAAAGAGCACAAUCAUGAAGUUCUCAGCCUCUGUGAUAUAUUCUCGGUAGUAUCAGCCUGUUAUUCAUGAAGCAAUUCCCUUGUGCCACCUGUCGGUGUAAGUCAUGCCCCAAAAAACCUCAAAGACCAAAAAUACAUAAAACAUGUGCUCUUCCCUCAGGGACUUCCUGGUAUAAACGGCAGGCCGGGCGCCAAGGUGAGAAGCCAGAUAUUCAUUUUCUGUGUGUUGAAGCUUGUUUCUUUCUCUUUUUUCGGAUUUAUUGGAUUGUUGAACUGUUUUUCAGGGUGAUGCAGGUGAACCGGGAGAGAGGGCGGAGAACGGGCGACCAGGGAUUCCAGGGAAGCCCGGCCUUCCUGGGAAAGAGGUCAGAGUGUUUAAAUCUGGAUGCACUAGGUUCACACUUAUCAUAAACCUACACUUCACUCUCUCCUCAGCAUCUCGUUCUGAUCCUUUUUACACUUACAACAGAAAAUAGGAGCAGCCAGGUGACGAUUUCUAAUUGCAGGCUUAAAACAGAAUUUUAAUGUAGUGGUGCCAAAUUGAUUGAUGUCAAGUAAUAUUCAAUAACCAGAAAACUCAUUUAGUCAUUUUGUUGAAACACUCUGGUGUCUUAUCUUUCUUGUUCUUGUUUUUCUUUGCAAAGUGAAUUAGAUUAUUGACUUAAAAGCAGUUUUUUUUCUGUGUUUUGCUCUCUGUGCUGUAAUCAGAGUUCAAACUGUUAAGCUUUGUGUCUUACUUCAUCAUGCUUCCAUUUAUAAUGAUGAAAUUUUAGAGGUAAAUAUGAAGACGUCCUCUCAGUUUCUCAUGUUAUCUUUUCUGAGUUGAGGUUCCCUCCAGUCAAAAUCAAUACGUAUUUAUUCAUAUGUUUAUAACAGGGAGGGAGAGGAGAGAAAGGUGAUGAAGGCACACCUGUAAGUAUGGUCUCCAGUCCUAAUUCUUCUCUUUUCAUUUCAUUUAUUUUAGGGGAGAUGUUUUUCUCUCAGUGUUAACAUCUGUAAAAACAUAAAUGUUAUUUGGGUCUAUAAAUUGGCAAAUGCGUUGCUGUUUUACCUGUCUCAAGGGGGAAUCUGGACUGCCAGGGAAGCCAGGAGAGAGAGGACUAAGGGUAGGAAUCUCACUGAUGAAUUGUCUGCUCAAGUUUUGUUUCAUAAACUUUGAAAACACCAAAAGUAAAUCAAUGGAGGGUUCAGUAAACAGACAUAUUUAUUGACUUCCUCAGGGACUGGCCGGUCAGCCAGGACGACCAGGAGAGAAAGGGGACAUGGGUGACCCAGGAGAGCACGGACGAAAUGUGAGCAGCACAUUUUUGUUUCAUCACAGAGACAGCUUUUCGAUAUACUAUUGUGUUAUUCCACUGAGGCCUCAAGAGAGGAAGGUCAGCUGCUCAGCAUUUUUAUCGAUCUUUGUUCAAUUGCAGGGCAGCCCUGGACCUGCCGGUCCAAAGGGAGAGAGAGGGGAUCUGGUUUGUUGUCUACUUUCUUCAAAAAGAGCUCUUAAAACUUUGCAUCUUUGGUAAGUUAAUUCAUAUAUUUCAUUCUCUUCUUGAAGGGUCCCCAAGGUCCUCCAGGGCCACCAGGAAAAGUGGUGAGUUUGUCACAUGUACACAUAUAUUUCAAAGCAGAAAUAAUUAUCGUUAAAAAGAGAGGAGGAGUAACUAUUUAGAUAACUUUACUAGUGAAUGUACUGAAUAUAUCACAAUUCUGUACUUUUCUGUGUCUAUUCUUUCUGACAGGCUGAAGUCCAGGGCCAGCUGAAAGGAGAAAUUGGAGAGAAGGUAUGCAUUGUACCUGUGAAGAGUCGUGAGAAAUCCAGUCGUAUUGGUGCUAUUUCAGAAAGACGAUGAAAAAAACAUUGUCUAAAAAUAAAAAAUCUGCCGUGUCACGACAAGCUCAAAGUAAAACUGGAAUUCAGGGGGCGAAGAAGAAACUUACGUCAUUGUCAUUCUCAGGGCGAUGCUGGGGACCCUGGAGAGCACGGCGGCAAAGGUCAGAAAGGCGAAGCGGGGACUCCCGGAGCCGCAGGCCUCAGAGUGAGUUUGCCUCGUAUUUGCCAACGCUCCUAUGAGCAUCUGAUGAGCCUCUGUACAGUAUAAGCAUCUUCAUGUGCACCGAAGUCUUUUUCUGUUGAUUUAAUAUGCCUGCCUGCUGAUCCUCUGUGACCUCUUGUUCUUUCCCUGCUGUCUAUAAAGGGUCCUGAGGGACAACGUGGGCCUGCAGGCACAAGAGUGAGUAUGCUUUCUGUCACUGUUUUCUGCACUUUCACUCUCAAAACUAGACUCUGUGGAUCACUGAAUCAUCCCUUUAUACAACACUUCUCUGCUAAUGUUGGAUAUUAUCAUGUUCCAGGGUGACCAAGGAGAAAGAGGGGCGCCUGGAGACAAGGUUUGAAAUAAAUAAGCAUGACAGGUCCUCACAACCUCACAAACUAAACUGAACAUCUAAUAUUAUCAUCAUCCAAAAGUAUUUUCUACACUCUGUUUAGUCGCUGGUAAUUUCUUAGCUGUUAACCUUUUCUUCAUGUGAUCAGGGAGACAGGGGUACAUCUGGGUUAGAUGGACGUCCUGGUGUGGAUGGCAAAGCAGGUCCUCCUGGACCAGCUGGUCAGAGGGUACUUGAAUUUAUGCCAUCUUUUUUCCAGCUGUACUACACAUUGUACUUAUUGUGGAAUUUUAAUAGAUGGUUUAUGUAUGUGGGCUUGUCUUUUCCCUUGUUUGACAGGGUGAUCCAGGAAAACAGGGGGAUCCUGGGAGAGAUGUGAGUCUUCUUUUUCCCAUAGACCUUGCUCAUUCUGAAAUAGAUGCUGACAUGUUUGCUUUAUGCUUAUCUACAUUGUAGCAGUCGUAGUAGUUUUGGUUGCAUAUUACACUUGGCUCUGAAUUCCAUUUAAAAAGGAACAUGUUACUCAUACAUGCUGCAGAGGGCGCUGUGAGGUGUUUUAAUUACUCUUCAGUCCUGUGGCUUGUUGCAUAAGCCAGCGAUAAGGACAGACAGUCACAGUCAAGUUUCACAAGACACUAUUAUGUAAUUAUAAUAGUAUCUACUGUGAUAGGGAUUUUAAGAGUCCAGGGUUUCCAAAUUUACAGCUCAAAUAUAGAAGCUAAUUCCAUACAAUCCAAACUAAAUCCAUAUCAAGAUAUAGACGCGUCAGUCUUACAGUACUGCAACAACAGUACAAUCAAAACAGAUCAUUGUUUGCCUUUUCUGGGAAUUAAAACUUCAAGUUAAAGAUGCUAUUGCAGAUUAACAUAACUCUGCUCAGAUUAAAAGUCUUUUUACUCUACAUUAUAAUAAAAAAUGAAACCACUCAUUGUUAUUUCUGUUUGUGAUAUUUGCCAGGGUUUAGCUGGACUUCGAGGGGCUCAAGGCCCCCCAGGGCCUGUUGGACCCCCAGGUGCCCAAGGGACACCAGUGAGUACACAUACACAAGCAAAGUUAAUUUGUGGUGUUCAAGUGCCUCUCCAUCAUUCUCUCUGUUUGUUUGUUUCUUGAGCUGUCACUCUGUUAACUACAUUUUCCUUAUUGUUAGUCGUCAUUCUUGCUGUUUAAUUUCAGGGUAAAGCAGGAGAAGAUGGCAAACCUGGAGCUCCUGGCAAAAUGGUAACUCAUACCACACUAUACACACGUGUUAUUAUUUGUCACCUGACUGACGUAUUUUGAUAUGUUUUCUAUUUAACUCAUUUAGGAACAGAUACAAUGUGCAUAGAAAAACUGAAAACAGUCAUUUUGGCAGUGUACCUAUCAAAGUGUUUUUAGCAGAUGAUAAUUGCAAUACUCUUUUUAAAGAUUAUAAAAUUUAAGAUUUAAGACUUUUAAAAGAGGUAAGUUUGCAAUCCAUUUUGGGUGAUUUUAUUCCUGUCAAUGAAAACUAUGUUAGGGCUAAACAUGUUUUGUAGAAUAAGACUUUACUAUCACCACUUAAGGCUGCUUCAGUAGAUCUGUCGCAGCUCUGUAAAACGUGGCAGUGAUGAUAUCUUAUUAGCCCUUUAUCCAGGAUUUUCAAGGCCUUAUUGUAAAGUCGCCCUAAGGAUUUAAUGACUGACCACUUUUCCUUGAAUCAGGCAGUUAAGCCAAAGGAUGGAUGUGAAAUUAUCACAGCUUUUAAAAACAGAAAGGCACAUUUGAGUGUCAGACUGUUCCUUAUCAUCCUGUAACAGCAGAGAUUAGCUUUAGUACUUUGGCAGAUCUUUUCAACUCGGUUUUUGAGUUUUAUCUAAGAGUUUAAAAUUACCCCGAGAUACUUAAUCUCUGCUACCUGUUCAAUAAGUUUACCUUUAAUCCUGGCAUUCAGCAGCUCUGUUGCUGGUAACUUCUCUAUGGAAAAACAGAGAGUAUCACGUCAGAUAAAAAGGCAUCAAGCCAAGCCUAAACUCUGCUCAGUCAGGGUGGAUCUUAAUGCUGAAAUCUGUAUUUUUUCUCAAUUUCUCUCCAUCUUUCGUCAGUCAGAUCAAUCUUGAUGUCCCCUUUUAAUGGAUGUUUUUUUACCGUUCAGAAGUAGUGUAGAUGUUUAUUCCUGGGUCUGCUGCACAGUAGCUGUCCUGGCAUAAUGGCACUGAAGGGUUUGAGUGCUCCUGCAGUGAAGUGGCCAUUUUUCAGUGUGCCCCUGUUGAGUUUUAAAUGCAUCCUGUUUUGACCUGCAGGGCGAGGACGGUGUGCCAGGUGAAGAUGGAAGGAAGGUUUGUGAUUCUUUAUCACAUUACCACUACCAGUGAACACAGUUUAUUAAGCAGUGCAUGACUUCUCGGUUGGUUUAUUGCCUUUAAUGUAGUCACUUGGGUAUGUACUGCAUGUGUGUACAUAAAACAUUUUUAACCAUGGUUGUAUUCCUUUGCUAUGUAAGGUGAGACAUUUAUUCAAGUUUGUUAUAUGAUUUUCCUGAAUAUAUUUACAUUUUGUUUUGAUCUGACUCUUGUUUUCUUCAAUCUACAGGGUGACAAAGGAGAAUCAGGAGCAGCUGGGAGAGAUGUCAGUUUGGACAAAUUACCUUUUCUCAGUUUGUCUUUCUACUUUGUUGUCCAUUAGGUUAUGUUUCCUGCCUAACUUAACCUUCCCUAUUACACCACUUCUUCCUGCUCCUGUCAUCCAUCAGCUCUUCUCUUUUCUUUUUUCCUCACCACUUUCCCUCUAAAACGUGUAUUUAUAAACUGUAGUUCUGACAUUGACAUUACCAUCACACUCUCUCUCUCUCAGUGCUGAAUCAAUAGGCAUCUCAGAAGAAGUUGUAUAAAUUCACUCGCCUCUAAUGAUCAAGCUUAGCCUUUAAAGGGGAAACACUUCUGAGAGGCAUCCAAAGAAGAGCCAAAUGUCAGGGAGCUGUUUUCAUGUGCAAAUUCAUAUUAAUUAUCUGCAGAACAUCAGAGGAGGGGUGGCAGCAGCCACCUGCUUUGAGUUUAUGGAUUAGCCUCUACUGUACUGCAGGAGGAAGGAACCCUGCACAAAGAGGGUCUCGGUUAUGUAAGCUCGUGUGUUUUUUCAGGGCCGUGAUGGGCAGAAAGGAGAACGAGGCCUGGCUGGGCUAGUAGGACCCACUGGACCCUCUGGAGCUCCUGGAGCACCUGGAAGCAUUGGUCCUCCUGGACAGGUGCGUCUGAGAGAAACACUCAGCUUAUGAAGAACAGCAUGUCACCACCCUCUCUUGUUGUUUGAAAGUGAAACCAAAAUAAGCUGCGUUGAUAGCUGGUGGAGCUGCAGUAUUGACGUCCUACCCUUCUGAUAAUCAAAGCACUCAUUUAACCUAAAGAUUAAAAGAUUAAAGACCAUUUAAGUUGACAUGAACAACAGCAAAAACAACAUCAUCUUUCUAUAACCCAAAGCGUCUGCUUCAAACUAAGAAAAAGAUGUUGCGUUUUUGUUGAUGUUUUUUAGUUUAAAGCUGAUGCUUAGGGUUAUAGAAAGAUGAAUAAGUCUCACAUAAAGUCCAGACUUAAAAAAUUUUCAUAUAAAACUUGUGCUGGUGUGUAUUUUAUUGACUUUACUAUUUUACUGGUCAUUUUAAUUGUUCUGUAGGGUGUCCUUGAAUACUCUGAAAGGUGCCUAUAAAUAAAAUGUAUAAUAAUAAUAAUAAUAAUAACAACAACAACAACAACAACAAUAAUAAUAAUAAUAAUUAUAGUAGUAGUAGUAGUAAUAGUAAUUUGCUCCCUCUCUAUUUUUCUAAUGUAGUGCUCACAGCGCUGCAUAGCGUAUCCAAUAACUAACUUCACAUAACUUCGCAGAAAAAUUGACCCUCUGACAUAGAUCAGCAUCACAUGACUGUCAUGACAAAAAAUGAAGCAAAAUUUGUAUUCUGUGGACUCAUGUCUCAUCUGAUAUUGACACAGACAAGGCACAUUUAAAAUACACCAUUUAAACCAGUCAUAGGAAGAUAUAUUUGAAACCGCACACUUCCUCUACCAUGAAAUGUUGGAUUUACUUCAAUUAGAUUAGGCUUUCUGUACAGAUUAUGUUUACUUGUUGUCUCCUGUUUUAUACUAAAUAAAUGAUAAGGCUGGUUAUAUGACAUAGAUCAUACUAUUUAAGGAAGUUACGUUACAGCUGUUCAGUGUUAAAUUUUUUUGAGUUGUGUAAAUAUGAGUAUGGUUGUUUGACAUAAUGUGACACAUCAAAUAGAAUGUUUAAUAUUUCCGUGGGAUGGGAUAUAUUCACACUGAACAGGGCAGCACUCUAUCAACAGUGUCUGGGAAGGGAAAAACCUUUUAAAAGAAAAGAAAAAAAUCAGAGAUUGAUUAGAAGAUUGAUCUGUCAGUCACAUUCGUAAUGGGCUAAUUAGAGCAACAAAUCACAGGAUGUAGAGCAAUAUGUAAACAAUAUGACAUAAGCUUGAGAGGCACUAGACUUAUAUGUUAGCUGUUCGCUCUCUUCGUCCCCUCUCAAGAGCGCAUAUUUCACCAUUUCUGAUGAACUACCAUUACAGCUGCAUCCACGCCGAUCUCUUCAUGGGCCCAUGUUGUUUACACGCUUGCCUUAGCUACCAUCUCUUUCUUCUGAUUGUUUUGCUUCUUCUCUGAUUCUCUAUUUAAAUGAUUCUGUCUUCUAGGUUGUUUAUGUGAAAGGAGUCGAGGCAGCACCAAUUCCAGGUCCCCAGGGGCCUGCAGGAACCCCUGUGAGUGUGCUGUUUAAUUAUUAAUUGCUUUCUUUUAACACAUUUUACACUUUAACACCCACGUUACAUUUUCUCCUGCAGUGUCGCGCAAUGGGAAUAAUGUGAGCCUCUAAGGCCUGCAGAGGGUUUAGACUGAUGAACUUGCAAACCAAAACCAUUUCUCUGCAGCAAAUUAUACAUUUUUAGUACAACUGUUUCUCUUUGGAUGCAACUGCAGAAAAGUUAAUUUUCCUAAAUCAACAGACAGUCCCAGUAUUGGCUCCUGUGUGGUGCUGUUAUCCCCAGCAGGAUCCUUAUCCCACAUGUAGCAGGAGAGAUGUGUUUUAUCUACAUCUGUGUGUUUGCUGCUGCAGCCUUUCCACCCUCUUAUCUGUUGAUGUUUUUAUUAUUGUCCUUGCUCUGUCCUUCAGGGCGUACCUGGGAUACCCGGAGCUGUGGGAGCCAGAGUAAGUCCUGGCUAUCUGUAUUGAUCGAGCUCUACAAGGAUGACCACUUAGUCUGUUUUUUUUUUUACCUUCUUAACAUUUUGUUUCAGGGGGAACGAGGUCCAUCUGGUCCUAAAGGUGAUGCUGUAAGUUAAGCUUUUGUCUCUUUAAUAGUGAAAGUGUGACAAGAGUGAGGAUUCAUCUGAUCAUAUGUUGACACCUUGAUAUUUUUUGUUCUGGCAGGGGGACCCAGGAGAGGACGGGGCGCCGGGCAAACCUGGAACAGCAGUGGUGAGAUGACAGCACAUCACCUGUUGUGACCACACUGCAACACGUGGACACAUCCACUGACACAUCUCUUCUUAAUUUUGUUCCCAAUCCUCUCUAACAGGAUGUGCAGAGAGCCCUGGCUGGUCUUGGCAUUCAGGUAAAUAGACUGCUCUCUGUUAUACAUAUUCCUUCUUAUUUUAUGUUAUAGGUUAUGUGUGUACAAAGCUUUUCAUUUACUGUGUGGUAAACAAAUAAAGGGUCUGGUUAGAUUAUCAAUCAAUGAAAUGUCUCCCUGUCUCCCGUGUAGAUAGUUUUUUGGAUAAUGUUAUUUCUAAUAAGAAAUGUUCUUGACCUUUUGCAAAAUAAUAAAUGUGCUCUGAUUAAAGUCAUACAACUAUUCACAAUCUCCAGAUGUGUUUGUCUGUUUUUGUCUCAUGUGACAGGUGGCUUGCUUAUUUUUAGACCAUAGAAAAAUUCACGCCUGUGAAUGUGGAUUAACUAAUUUGCCGCAGUCAAAUGUAAGAUUUCCUUAAGAAUAGGAAUGCAAGUAAAUUUAGACCACAGCAGCAUGACAGGCUUGCUGGGGUUGCAAAUGUGCACAUUCUUCACUCCAGGAUACAAAUGCUACUACCAGAAAAGUCCUCUUUCCUCAGUAUUUCUACCUUGUUAGUUUAAAGGGGGUUUGAUGACACAGAUGCAAGACUGACGUAGACUUGGGCCUGAAUUGUACCUUUCUUAAAAUAAACCACCAUACUGCCCUUAAUAGGCGUUCUUGUGAAUAAAAAUCUAUAUUUUUCACAGUAACACUAUAUGAUUCAGUCAAUGUACAAAACUAUUUUUCAAUUUUCCAUCAGAUUAAGUUUUUUUUCCGAUUUUUUUGUGUGUGUGAAUGGGACUUGCCAGACUUCAGUAACAAGCAAUUUUCCAGCUGUUAAAAUGAAAUCUAAAUGACUGUGGCUGAAAGUUUCAAGCUCUUGUGAGACUUUUUCUUUCUGCUCUGCACACAGGUGUCUGAUCUGAAGGUUGUGGUGGACAAGAAGGACAUGCUAGUUGCUCCCACAAUUAAGAAGCCAGAGAAAGGUGAUAAAGGAGACAGGGGUGAACCUGGCCAAAGAGGACCAUCUGGUGUAGAUGUAAGUAUGAUGAAGGGCAUCUUGAAGGCUUUAAGUAAACACUGUAAGACUCCUUCACUUCAAAAACAAGUCCAGCUGGUAAUCUAUAUUCUAAAGUUCAUUUCAAUGUCUUAUCUUUGUAGUUCAAAAGCUUAAAAGUUUAAUUAACAUCUUUCCCCAUUGUUGCACCAGGGUGCUCGUGGUAUCCAAGGUGAGAGAGGGGCCAAAGGGGACCAAGGAGAGCGAGGUCCUGCAGGAGUUCCCGGGCCUACAGGGAGAGCCAUUGGAGAGCAAGGGCCCAAGGGACCCCCGGGGCCUGCUGGAGAGCCAGGCAAGCCAGGAAUACCAGGAGUGCCAGGGAGAGUUGGAGAGCUUGGUGAAGCUGGAAGACCAGGAGAAAAGGUCUAAAAGAGUGUCUUGUGGGAAAAAAAAAAUUCAUGGACUUAACACGGCUCUGCGAUUGUGACGCCUUUUUGUGUUUCAGGGGCCACCUGGGGAGAGAGGUGACAAAGGUGAAAGUGUAAGUGCUUAUGUUACAUGUCUGUUUGCCUUGAUUUCUUUUUGUCAUGAAUGGUUGUCAGGGUCAUGAGUAGACAGACCGAGAGCACUCAUGUAAAAAAAUAAAAUUGAUCAAAAUGAUUCCUCACAUGCUGUGACAUGGUCCUAUCUUUAAUGACCUAAUUGUUGUCUACAAAAUGGAACAUCUGCUAUUUCAAAGUAAACGUUAUUCACCAUUCUACAAACCUGUUGACAAAUGUUAAUUGUGUUUUGAUUACAUCUUUAAUUGGUUUUUAUUUUACCAGUGCAUAAAUUGGCUAAUUGAGAACUCUCUCUGUACAAGAAAAAACUCUUCACAGGGACAGUACCAUUCCACUGAGCAAUAGACAGCUAUUAGACGUCUAGUUUUUUUUUUUUAAGACCUAAUUUCAACCGUCUAGAUUCUGUAUAUUUUUAGAAGGAAUUUAGACGUUGCACUUUAACCCAUUAUUUGAUAACUAUUUAUUUCAAAAAGCAACUGUGAGUUGCAUAACUGAUCUAAAAGUACUAAACCAAAAUAAUUAUAAUAGCUGUUGAGCAAUAUACAGUUAGACCUCUGUUAGCCGGCUAGUCUAAACUUGUUCUAAAUUUAGACGUCUAAAAAACAUUCAUUUUUUAUACCUGUGGUAGCCUGAUUUUAGAGCAGUUGUUUAGGCUGCAUUUAGACGUCUAUUAGACCUCUUUUAGAUCAAAAAAUGCUCAGUGGGAUACUGUAUUUUAUUGUAUUAUAUCAUAUUAUAUUGUGUUGUAUUGUAUUAUGUGGUGUUGUAUCAUGUCGUAUCCAGUUAAUUUGUAUCUCAUUGUGUGGUAUGACAUGUCAGGGUAUUCUUUAUUAAUCAAUUCUUUCAUAUAAUCAUUGUCACACUGCACUGAGAGCUUCUUUGUGGUUUUCAGGGUAGAACUGGGCCUACAGGACCAGCCGGUCCACCGGGUCAAAAGGUGAACUCCUCCUCAGUCUUUUUGUUGAAGAACAGAAACCAUGUCAAGCCCACUUUUGCUAGAUAUAAAUACAAAAUGUGGAGUUCAUUUGCAUGUGCAAUUACUGCAGGGAGCAUCUGCUGAAUCAGUCUUGACUGGUGCACCUGGGGUGCGAGGCCUUCCAGGAAUUGCCGGGCCAAAGGGAGAGCCUGGUGCUUCUGGGCUUCCAGGACCAAAAGGAGAACAGGUAACAUUUUAACAUGAUGUGCCAGGUGAAGUACUGUUAUGUGUGCUUAUAUGCUCAUUGGCUUGUAAUACCUGGCAGGGCUUUGCGGGAUCUCGUGGUGACAAAGGGGCGAGGGGAGAGCCUGGAGAAAGAGGACGUGAUGGCUCACAGGUGAGCUAAGUGUCAGGUUUAAUCUAAACAAUAGUAAUAGACAUAAUCUCAGAUUUCUGAUGUGGAAAAAGAAAAUUCCUCUACCAUAGUGACUUAACAAUCUAUUGUUUUUAUAAGAAAUGAUCUGUGUCAUUUCAGGGAACACCAGGAGAACCAGGAAAACUUGGUUUGGAUGGGAAACCGGUAAGUGGGAUGUUCCUGAUGUGAGCUAAGAUGGUGCUUAUUUGCAUUGUCAUUCUAGGUUUAGAGAAGCUAGUGUGACAUGUCUUUCAAAGAGUGCGGUAAGUGUGUUUUUUCCUCUGUUGUAAUGUUAGUAUCUAGCUGUUAAUCAUAUGUAUUUAAAAAUGUGUUCAUUAUGCUCUUCAUUAUCAUACAUCUCAGCAAUCACUGUUUGGCUUUGUAGUAAGUAUCCAUUAGAGAAAAUUUCCAUAUUUUUAAUGUAAUAUUAACGAUAUUAAUUGUCUUUGAGCCUUUCAGUUUGUGUCUGUCUGUGUGAUGAUUACUGGUGCAGAAUAAUGGCAGAAGAGGAGAGGAGAACUAUUAAGGUUUACCUCACAAUUUUUGUCUUCCUUCCCUCCGCUUUGGGGCAGGGCCCCACAGGGCCUGCCGGUCUUCGAGGCCAACCAGUGAGUAACCAGUAACCCAGAGAUGGGCCUUCCCCCAGGCUUGAUCCCAGAGCAAACCACUGGGUUGGCUGCGAACACUAAUGAUGGAGCUCUCUUUCCCCCCCCUUUUGGGCUGAGGCUUCACAGAUCCCUAGACAGCAACCUUUUGCAGUUGUGUGGCUGAAAACUCACAACCUAACUUUCUCGCUCUUCUGAUAUGUGCCUUAUCUCUUUCCAUUUCCUUAUCUGUGUCCUUUCAACACUGUUUUUGUCCUCCCCCUCUGUCCCCCCACCCUCCUGUCUUCCACCUUCUUCUGUCUCUCAUCCUCUCCAGGGGCUGCCUGGUUUCCCCGGAGUUUUAGGCAGACCGGUAGGUGCUCUGCUGCUGGCUGGCAUGCUUUAGCUCUGGAGAAGCAUAGGGAAAAACUUGUGGUAAUAGAUAGGAAAGGUAAUCUGUUAAAUGUAUCCACUUUGCAAACAGGAAACUACAGCAACCUAUCAUCGAAAUAAACACAUUUCGUGCACAUGCAGGUCUAUGUUUAACCCUCUAAUCUUAAUCUAUGUGUUUUGGUUAGAUCCUUCUGGGAACAAAAGUCUUGGAUAAAAGUCAAAGUCUUGAUCUGUCCAUAAUAUGACAUUAUAAAGACCCCCUAUCCCCACAGAACCUGUGACAAACUCAAGAAUUUAGAUUCAAAUUGAACACUGAGCAGGUAAAACACGCAGAUUUUUUGUAGGGGAUGAAAAAAAGUGAGCUGAUGUCCUGAACUGAAGCCCUCGCCAGGAUCCAGCGUACAAAAGGAGGGAGGGAUAUUAAAUUGGGUGCACUCCAAAAAGUACUGUGUUGUCGAUCCGCUCGAUUCGCUUGAGUCUGCUUAUCGUGCAUGCAGCUGUGCCUGCUUUCUGUUGUGUGCUUAUCCCUCCCACAGCAUAGAGCUUACCAUGUGAGUGUCUUUUGUCGACAUUGUUGAUUCUCUGUGUUUGUGUUGUCAUACCUGUUGUCAUGAGCCAGUCAGGUGCUUUUGUGUGUGUGUGUCUAUGUCACCUUAUGAUACAGUCCCAUAUCCAUGUUUUAUGUUUGUCCGUCUCACCUCUGUGUUGAUGUCCACUGACAACAGAAAAAGGUCACACAUUUUUGUGGACUCAAACAUAUUUAUCAGUAAAUAUGCCUUGUGUGUGACUCUUUGUUAAACGUAUUAACUUCUUGGAGUUUGUCUCUGUAGAUAGAUAACUUCAAAAAUUCUUAACUUCAAUACCAAAACAGUUUAAUCAUCAAUAAGACUUUGCUGUAAGAACAAGUCUCAAAUUUCCCAGAGUGGGUUCUUAUAAAUGUGCUGGUUGGUUGAUUUGUUUGGGUGCUUUUUUUAGUUAAGGAACAUUAUGGGAGGUUUCAAGUGGUUAGACGAUUGAAUAAUCAAUAAACUGAAGCCUCCAUAUGACCUCAAAUGUAAACCAAACCAUCAGGGAAAUGAUAAAAGGGAUAUUCCAGCAUAAAAUUAAUUCAGGGUCAAACACACCAUAACACUGAGUCAGACACCCCGUCGAGAGAUGAAUGUUGCUGACCGCUUGCUUCUCUAGUUAUACCAACUUUAGAAACAACCGCACGGUAGCAAUAAACAGCGGUCUGAGGAGCCAUAAACAAACCUUAACCAAAACGCCACUCUAUAGCCACAAAUAAUGCUCAGAACAGCACCUAACUUCAUCCAAGCCAUAGCACUAGCCACCAAACAUCUUUUUAACUUUGCCUGAUUUCUUUAGCAAAGAGACUAAACACAACUCAUCUACUCUCUUCCAGCAGCCGCUUGUUUGUAGCGAGACCUAAGGCCAGUCCAUUACGGACCACAGUAGGGUGACGCAGCUUAAGGAAGAACAUUUAUGAUCAUUUCUUUAUCAUUUCCUUUAAGUAAUAAUCACCAUACUAAUCAUUUUGCACUGCAGACGCGGUAGUUCUUCUGCCUUAGCGUCUCGGUCUGAUUGCAUUUCCAUGAAGAAAUGAUCAUAAAUGUUCUUCCUUGAGCUGCGUCACCCUGCGUCACGGUGUGUUUCACCCUAAAUUAAUUUUACGCCGAAAUAUCCCUUUAAGAACUCAUUCACACUUAUUUUUGAGGCCUGCUAGGUUGGUGUCAGACAGAGCAAUUUGCAGCUUUCUUUGUUUACAUUUUUUAGUGCAAAGUCUCACACUGAAUGGGCGAGUAGGCAGUUGAAAAGACAGAUUUUUUUUUGUGACAGACGACUUUUCAGAUGUACCUUCAUUGUAAUAAAGAGACAAGAAAGAAAUGUAUAAGGGUUUAAAAUUUGACAGAAAAUUAAGUUCGUCAAAGUUGGUUUAAGUGAUUGUUUCUUGAUGAGAAUACACUUUCUGACUUGUUUCUUUCCUGCAGGGAAAUCCAGGAGAGCCAGGAGUAAGAGGACCAACGGUAAGUAUUUUUCUGAUGAGAGGACAUGCACACUUCUUCACAGCUCUACAUAAAAACUGUUCCUGAUAUAUAUUUCAUUCAGGGCCCCAUGGGUCCCAGUGGACCUCCAGGUCCAGCAGGUGUGAAGGUGAGUUUACUGUGUGUGCGUUGUGCUGCCUUUUAAUGCAUGUGAACUGGAACUCUUUGACUGUUGUUAGCUAAAGUUAUAAAAAGUUGUUUUCUUUAUUUGUUUGCAGGGUAAUCAAGGGGAGGCAGGAGUUGGUGUCCAGGUAAAAGAUUUCUGUUCCCUUUGUACUUUGUCACAUAACAACAUUGAUAGUAACAGUGGCGAUUGCUCUAAGACUGAAAGGGAAGCUCAGCUUCCCUUAAAAUGUCACCCCCCAAAAAAAGAAAAAGUGGUGAAAUACGUACUGCUGUGUGUACAUUUCAUUAACUAAAUACGCGCUAGAAAGCCUUCAUCUUUUGUUUAGAAUCAGCUUCUUAUCACAGUGUGAUAAGAAGCUGAUUCUGCACAACUUCGUUUUCAUUCAUCCUCGCAGCGCCUCAGCGCUUUAAACAGCCGGACGCUCGGCGUCUGCUGACUUCAAUUGGAAGCUCAAAGUGGGUUGUUCCAGCAGCGAAACUAGACGCUCAUUGGAUAAAUGCUGGGCUUUGUCCCGCCCAUCGGACGCUCGGCGUCUCUGGAGUUCUAUGGCGAGAGGGCGGUCCCGACUUUCUCCCGGACUCCGAGCUUCUGCAUCCAUGAUUGGAUGAGCUGUCUGAGGCGAAAUCCUUUUUUGAUUGACAGCUAAACAAGCGAAUCAGCGAUCUUGAAGAAUAAAACCUCUACCAGAGCAUUUUCCAAGUUAUUCAUUCCGUUGUUCUUAACUGCUCCAGAGACUUUACCGAUCCUCAGCGACUUUUGUCUUUGUUAAAAACGACUGCCGUUGUGUUUGGCGACUCUGUUCUGUUACAUACUAAUAAACAAAUACAAUUAUGAUGUAGGCCAGAAAAAUGAGCUUCCCCUCCUUGAAAGACCAGCAGCCGCCACUGGAUAGUAAAUCUUUUGAUUGAUUUCUUUUUUGUCACUGUGUUUCUCUUUCUACAGGGUGCUCCAGGCGCCCAAGGGAGCACAGGUCUACCGGGACCACCAGGCCCUCCAGGAGCAGUAGUAAGUGUUCCCAUAAAUCAAAGCCCCCUCUCAAGAAAGAAAGAAAAAAGAUGUGUUUCUUAUUGAAUUUCACUCAGAUGUGUGUACUGUAUUAUUUUCCCUCAAGACACUGCAUGUGUUCCUCCCUGCAGGGUCCACAGGGUCCUCCAGGACUGUCUGGGCAGGUGGUGAGUAUGCAGUCCUGAUCCAGCUUUUUUGUGUUGCUGUACUGCGGAGCGUGGUAAGGAGGUGAAAAAUUAAAGUAAUGUUUUGAGCCUGAGGCAUUUUUGAAAUUGGCUGAUUAUGGGAAAGUAAUUAAAUAAAAAUGCCAAACACGUGUACUGAGCUUUUGUAGAUAAAUGGCCAUUUCAGCUGGGCCUUUGUGUGCGGGAUUCAAAACAGCAAGGGUACAAAAUGUGUGAUUAGUUCUUUUAGUUCUUUUUGUGCCAUCUACAAGCAGACUUUUUUAUUAGCAGUAACCACAAAGACAACUUUUCUAAACUGUGUGUGAUCUCUGUAAUGAUGAUAUCAUGAAGUCUGCUACUACAGUGAAAAUCUCUAAAAAGCCACUGAAUACGAGAGUACAAGAGCCUUGAGACAUCAGAAAUUAUUCACGCUAUCAUGUAUAAAACAGAGAUUUUUCAGGUACUACACAGACAUUUGGUCAGUUGUCCCCAAAGCACAUUUAAGCAUCUUCUUUCUGAUAGUGACCACACCAUUAGAGGUGAUCGAUACUUUGUUCCCCUCAUGGAUAGAGAAGCUGAUGUUGCUCCAGUAGUCAAACAAGGCUGUAUUUAAGUGCUCUAAAGAUGGUAAGAAGGCUCCUAAUCACUUGAUAUAGAGAAAACAAGGCCAAAAAACACAGGGUGGGUUAUGAAAUACAUGACUUCACGGUAACUGACUGAAAGACACAAAAUUUUACCAAAAAAAAUCCCAAGUUUUUAAUUUCCGAUUGUAACAGAGUGGCAUUUUUGAGUAGACAUUACAUGAUGAGAUAUGUUUGUGGUAAUACUAAGUUUGGAGGUGAUUUGCUGACCUGAGAGUUUCUCACCUUUGCUGAAAUAGACUACGGGCUUACCAAAGACCAGCAGAACUCCAUCUUUGACAAGAGCCAUACUGACUAUUUUACAUCCUUGUGUAGUGGAGUUCUUUCUGCCAAAGCUUUUAAACUCUUCUUUAGGAUUAGAGAUGCCUUAGGAGUCCAAAUUAUCGUGGACUUUCCUCCACAGUUACUUGUCUACAGUCUCAUUAAACAUUUAUGGGGAAACAUGAGUACUGAGAGAGCUAAGAGUUCUGUAAAAACACGAGAAAGUCUUUGGAUUCAUAUUGAAUCAUGCGUGGAUUGUCUUCUAAAACCUUGUGAAGCUGAAAACCUCUCCGAUCUUAUUAGAUGUAGACAUUUUGAAAUCAUACAAAAGUUUUACCGAUUCAAAUUUGAACUAAAAUGUUUAAACUGGUAUCAUUUUUUUGAAUUAAUGGGAGUUUUCAAUGAAAAUGCAGACGGCACGCUCUAUUUUGUGCAUGCGCAUUACACUUUCAACGAUUUGCACAUGGCAGUCAAAUAUUCUCAGGUUGAAACUGUAAUGUGCAUGCGCAAAAUGGAGCGUGCCGUCACCUUUUUCAACGAAAACACCGACUUGCUGUUGAUAAUAUUGGUUGCGGUGUUUCUCCAAAUCUGGAGGGCAUUUUUAAAAGUUACUGUUGAGGUCGGCCAAAACGCCAUUUCCAUUAUCAUGAGAAAACAAUCCUUCUUAUUUUAAGGUAAACAAAAAAAUAAUAAUUACAGAAAACAAACUUUGUUAUAUCGAGAUAACAAGAUAAUAAGUCGUUAUCACGCAAUAACAGUGCACAAAAACAAGAUAAAUCCAUGGCCGUUUUCAGCUUCCGCACAAUGGGUAAUCUUCCAAACUUCACGACUUUUAACAAAAGUGUGAAUUAGACUGCUCUUACAUUUUAUUGAAUAUGUAUUUCACUGGUGCAUGUGCUGCUCUCUAGGGUGAAGCAGGUAAGCCAGGGGUCCCAGGAAGAGAUGGAGUUCCUGGCAAAGAGGGAAUACCUGGAUUACCAGGAAAGCAGGUUUGUGCGUCUGUGUGCGCCAGUGUUUGUGUUCACAGCUUCAGCUGUACACGUAGCUGUGCCCUUCGGUUGUUAUCAAUACUGAUGUCUUUGUCUUGAAAUUUGUUCCACAGGGCAUUGCUGGACCUCCAGGACAGCUUGGCUUAAAAGGAGAACAGGGAGACAGUGGUCCUCCAGGAAAGGUGAGAACAUGUGUGUUUUUAAAGUCUGCCUCUGGCCAUGAGGACGGUGAGUGAAAUUGCUUUUUGUUCUCGCUUUAUUGGAUGAGAUCCAAGCAACAGACUGAUUUUCUGCCUGAAGUAAUAAAAAAACAUUUCUGUUGAGCUAUAAUAAGCUUUCACUGCUAGUCUGGUCUGGUGCACAACACUACUGUAGGUUGACUCUCAUUCUUAGGUCCCUUUGUCCUUUGUCAUGACUUUGAAAUAGAAAAAAAAGGAUUUGAUUUGAAAGCAGAUGGAAAAUAAAGGUAUCCUGAGGAGUAUUGUCACACUUUUGAUCCCAAAUAGACUCCCUCAUGCUACUUUUGUUGUCCACCUGGGGCUUGGGUUGUCUGCAAUCUUGUUUGUUUCCACACAUCCCCCCUACAUUUUGCACACUUGUCAAAACUGUCUGGAAGUCCCACUGGCAGGUGUAUCUUUUAGCUUUUAUAUUUUAACUCUGAUAUUUGCGAGUAAAGUGUAGUAGUGUGAGCUGGGAGGAAAUCGAAACAGCCCGCUGAGAGAAAACCUCAGAACGCAGACAUUUUCUGUCUGACCUUGUUAAUGAGGAGAUCUGUAACCAGCCUGGAAUCUACAGCCAGCAAUGUCAAUAGGAUUCACAAAAGCCUGAAUCCUGGAGUGUUUCAUUGACGUUGAAUCAGUAAAUUGUGCUCCAAUAGCCAAGUCAGGUAAAGUAGCGGUAUUGUGUUGCCACAGAGCUGUUGGGAAAUGGUUGAUCAAAAACCAAACUUAAACAUUGAUUCGGCUAGAGAUCUACAUCUCAUGUACUCAGACAAAAAAAAAAAAAAAGGCUGAUCUGUAAUUUUUUGGUGCAGCUCCACUGAUGUUGAGUGUUAUUAUGUCUGACUGUACUAUCUAAAAGUGUGAUUUGUUUAAAAACUUUGUGUUUAAAGGGACAUUCCAGCGUAAAAUUAAUUUAGGGUCAAACACACUGUAACACCGAGUUAGACAACCCCUUGAGAGAUGAAUGUUGCCAACCGCUUGCUUCUCUAGUUAUACUAACUUCAGUAACAACUGCAGGAUAGCAAUACACAGUGGUCUGAGGAGCCAUAAACAAACCUCAACCAAAACGCCACUCUAUAGCCACAAAUAAUGCUCAGAACAGCACCUAACUUCAUCAUCAGUACAUACAGGGUCCCAGCCAUAGUGCUAGCCACCAAACAUCUUUUUAACUUUACCUGAUUUCUUUAGCAAAGAGACUAAACACAACUCACCUACUCUCUUCCAGCAGCCGCUUGUUUGUAGCGAGACCUCGGGCCAGUCCAUUAUGCACUACUGUGGGGGUACACAGCUCAAGGAAGAACAUUUAUGAUCAUUUCUUCAUAGAAAUGCAAUCAGACAGAAGGGCAGAAGAACUACCGCUUUUGCAGUGCAAAAUGAUUGAUAUGGUGAUUAUUACUUCAAGGAAAUGACAAAGAAAUGAUUCACAAAGAUUCACAGCGAUUUGAAUGAAGAAAUACUCAGAAAAGCAAUUUUGCAUUUAGUUUUCUCAUGAUAUGCCCUGUAGCAUCAGAAGAAUGCCACAUGAACAUAUAAAAAACAAUAAAAACCAUGAUUUUCAUCGGAGUGGGUCUCGAACCAAACUAACCCGCUUCUGCUGUCAUCAUUAAAUUACCUGCUAGAAUUUAAAGUUCCCAACAUAAUCAUACCAAGGCAAUUUGCAGAGUAUUUGUUGUUGGAAUUCAGCAGAAAUACAAGAACGAGCUCUUCUUCUGCGAGCCACCUCUCUGGCAAUUAUCAGUUACAUAGCUGGCAUUGAUUUGCAUUCAAAGAACAAACACUCAGGCACAUAUUGACCCUGCAAAAUGAGUUUUCACAUGUUUAGCCUGUGCUGCUCAUGUCCACAAUCCCCUCAUCCACACUGGUUUGUUUGAUCUGGUGCAGUGCAGUUGUGGAUAGUUUUUCCUUUUUUGUUUUUUUCUAAGAAUUCUAUCUUAAUGGAAGAAACAACCCUGUAGAGGCUUGUACAGAGCCUCCCACACUAAAAAUAACCUGCCAUGGAUGUGGAUUUCAACUAAAAUCUUGCAUAUAUUUAUAGGAAAUGCCCUCAAGUGCUUAAUUAAAGCACUGAACCAGCCUGUCAGUUUGUGAGUGUCUAAGGCAGGUCUGGAUUGCCUUGCAUCAGUUCACAGAUAUCUAAGAAUAAGUGAGAUGUAAAUGUUGGACUUUAUCCUGACGUACAACCAGAAAAUCCAUCCCAAAUUCUCACGCAGUGGCUUAAGCUGUGAGAGUGAAUGAUUUUUAUUAGUACAGUUUCAUACCCAGACCAUUUCUAAACUUCUGCAGGGACCUGUGAAGGAAGAGUCGAUUGAGUGUUUUGCUGAAAUCAGCUGAAAUAAAUUUCCCACCUCUGCCUGACCAUGAUAUGUUUGCACCACUAACACUGAAUUAUUUAUGCCUGCCAGUUGUUUGUAUUUUAGUGACUGCAGACAUCUGUUGAGACAGAUUGGCUGUGGUUGACAAAAUCUGGGCCAGUUUUGCCAAUGAGGAUCUCAAUUUAGCUCUAUUCCAGCUCAGUGAGACUGAAAAUGACAGAGAAGGUCACUUACAUGCAAACUUCUCCAUCCAGUGGUUCUCUGAUGAAGCCAAAAUGAUCUCAGACUACUGUCAUCAUAUAAACCAGCAUCAAAUUAUUAGUCACCAGUCCAUAAAUAUGUACUAUUCUUUUGAUAUUAAAUGCACUGCAUUCUUUUACACUGUUGCUGGUUUAUCAAAUUUUCAUUAGAGGCCAGGAUAAAUUAGACUUGCUUGCCUGCAGCUCAGCUUUUUGUAAUGCUGCUCUUGACCACAUCAGGUGUACUGCCAGGUUGCGUAACAACAUGUAGGAGCAUAGGGAUUUACUUUUUUCUACCAGCUGCUAGAUUAAAAGAGCAAGAUUUCUUGAGCAUUUUGACAGGACAGAGAGUCUGGGGCUUGCUUGUACAGAUGUGGAGCAGAUGUUUGGCAGCUGAAACGUAACAUGUUUGGUUAUGCUUAUGAAGGCUGAUAUAUGUCAGUUGUUCCCUUUUUUUUUCACCACUAAUUUAUUAUUUUCAGUCUUAUUUGUUUUUAUUUAUUUAAAGUCCUUCAUUUUUGGCUAUAUUUGCUUUUAAAUCUUAAUCAUAUAACUCAGCGAUGUUUCUUAUAGGAUUUCACAUCAUGUUAAAAAAUGGCUCCUCUGAAGCUCAUAUGCUACACUGGAGUUUGUUCCUCCUCUGAACUAUGUCUUUAGUAGUUAAGUUCCAAGUUCAUAUAAUAUUGUAGGUGUCAAUAGAAAUGGGACUGGGAUGGUCCAUGACAGAAGUCAAACCAGACUGCUACAGUCGCAGCACGAGUUCCUUUAACAUUUACAGUAAACUGCUCUGGUUUCGGUUACCGUGGAGUAUUUUAUCUGAAAGUUAGAGGUGUCUGGAAUAAAAGACUAAACCUACAGAGCCAACACCAUGCCAGGUGCUCUGGAUUUGCUGCCAUCACGGCUGUCCGUGAUGUUGACAUGAUUCGUAGCGAGUGUCUCUAAGAGCUCCCUCACUGUUGACAGCCUCGGGUUCAGCACCUUGGACAGAGCCGUGGCGAUACUGUCAGCGAGUUCACCAGAUUGAUAAAUAACCAGGCAACACUUGUCCAUCUGCUCAGCGGCUCCACACACUCACACAGCAGCAAAGAUUAGGUGACAUCGCAUUUUCCAGCACCAAAGCUUUCAGGGAUUUUAACAGACAGGCUUUGGUUACAGUCUGAUUAAGUCAAGCAGCAAAGGGUCUCACUUCAGUCUAUUCAUUCUUGAACCACAGACCCUUCAGGAAGUUUUUAUUUUGGUCGGACAGGGAGGAAACAAAGCAAGAUCACAGACAAAUUGUUUAUGCUAUUACCUUUUAUAGUCUCCUAGGCUUUAAAACUUGAUAAAACUCAGUAAGAAAGUCACAAUAUUCAUUAUUUCUGUGGUUCAAGUCAUUGUUAGGCAUUGUACAUUAUGAUUUUCUGAUUCAGUCGUUUCCUUCCUGUCCUUCCUGAGGAUAUUUAGGCUUUUUACAUUUGACAGCUGUUGAAAGUAAUGGCAGCAGGUACGGUAGUUGAAAAAAAGUGGAAAAUUAAAGACACGUCAUGUCUUUUCUUAACAAGAGCCCAUACUAUGCCAUGAAGAUAAUAACUAUAAUUUCCUCCUAUUUUUCCUCACUCUAACAGGCUGUGGCUGGACCACCUGGGCCCAAAGGAGAUCGGGUGAGUCACCAGUAUUGACAUUGAAUUAUUUCUUUAUUUCUCCAUGCUUAUGAAAACAAGGAUAUUGAAGUAUGAUUACAGGCUGUUGUAGGCCCUUUUAAAAUGCCAUCUAUACAAACACAUAUGUGCACCUUGUUUUGAUUUAAUACAAACUUCAACUAGGAUAAAAAUGACAAACUGAUAAUAAUGUUAUGGUCAAAGGUCCAUGUCAUCUGGACCUCUCAUUCUUUAAUAGAGAGCCUCAGCUGAGUUUUAUUGAAUCUUUAUAUUAGGGAUGCACUGUUCCGAUAUUGGGAUCGGAUAUUGGCUCCGAUAUUGACAAAUUAACUGGACCGGAUAUCAGAUGAAUGAUGCCGAUCCAGCGUUCCGAUCCAGUCUUUUUUUUCUUUUAAUUAAUUUUAUUUUAAUACAUGGAAGUCUUACUUCUUUUUGCUGUGUGCUAAUGUGCAAUUUGUUAAUAAAUAAUAUUAAGUAAAUUUAUAUCUGUGUUAAUUUGUUACCUUUUUUUUUAACAAGGCUAAUGCCAAGCCUGAUGCUUUCACUCACAGGGCAAGGUAUACAGUUCAUUCAUUCAACAGUAGUAUUGGAUCGGUAUCAGAUAUCGGCCCAUACGCUCAGCCCAGGUAUCGGUAUUGGAUUGGAUCGGAAAAAAAUUGAUCGUUGCAUCUCUACUUUAUAUGCCAUUUUUGAAAUUCUUCAAAUGUACUAGCCACUACAUAAUUAAAAAAAAAACAUCCCCUUUUUCUGCUAUUAAUUGAAAAACACUUUAGAUACUACACCUCGACUGCACAUUGAUUGGUGAUUGAAGCUUUGGCUACUAAAUUAAGUAUUAAUUUUAGAUACUUUGUCCAUUUAGUUAUUGCAGCCCUUAAAUUAUAGACUGAAUGAUGGAGGAGACCAGUGCAUUUAACAUACAUUUGGUUGCUGUAGGGUCUGCCUGGUCCAUCACUGCCUGGUGUGACCGGAGAGAGAGGUCUCCCUGGAGAAAAGGUGAGUCUCGGCCAGGGGACAAAACAUCAUGUGUUCAGUGUUGUAAAGAGCUUUUAUAAUUGAUGUCAUCUUUCAGGGUAACAGAGGAGAUAAAGGUUCUCCUGGUGGAAAAGGAGAGAGAGUAAGUAUCAUCAUGCUGCAGAUUAUCUUAAUCUGAACACUAAGGUAAAAAUAAUGAUGUGAUGUCAACAUGUGAUAUGUUUGUAAUAAUAGGGAGCCGAUGGUGAAUCAGGCGAGCCCGGAGAAGAUGUAAGUAUUUGAUAUUCAUUUUCAGUGAUCAGGCUUGGUGCUGUGGAAAAGUUUUGUUAAACUGAUCCUGUUUUAAGACAGAUGGGCCCUGUCUUUGACAAAUGCAAAUGAUAUGAAAGAAUUUAUGUUGCUUUGUUGUUUAUUUACUGUACUUUAUAUCUUCCUUUACUGCAGUCACCAGUCGGUUAUGUCCAUUAUUCAUUGUGGAUCAUUAUAAAACGAUACAGGUUCAAAAUGUUAAAAAAUGAGAUUGUAUUUUUGCUUAGGUAGUCUGAUUAUUUGAUCUUACCUUACUCAACCCCCCCCCCAACACUGUGAUUAAAGUUUCCAGACUCUCUAUUUAAAAGUGUGAACUGUAAUCCCCCAUGAUGCCACAGUGUUGAUUAUCUGUCCCUCUUCAGAUUAACGAGACCUGAACUCUGACAAACAAAUGUUUCUUCACUGGAAUAAUAAUGAAGGCUUAACAGAUAUUUGAGUGGCCAGUGUUUGUAAAACUUUCCAAACAGGCUUCAAAAUAUUGAGUUAUACUUAAAAAACUUUAAACAAUCAGCUCUUUGGACCUGAAUAACUCAGAUUUGUUUCUCUUUGCAGGGGGUAAAGGGAUCCUCAGGGCCAAAAGGAGAUAAGGUGAGGUUUUUUUGUCAUCUAUCAUCUCAUUUUGGAUAUAAUGAUAGUUGUGUCUUGUGGCAGUUCUGUCAAAAUAUUUUUAUUUCAGGGAGAGAGGGGAAUCGGACUGGCUGGUCCUCCUGGUCGAGAUGGGCCUCAGGGUUUGAAGGUGAGCAUCUGUUACCCCCGCUGUUUGGAUUUUUUAGACAAGCAAGGGAUCAAACUCUAACCAUGACUUUAAUUUAGGGAGAUCCAGGCCUUCCCGGUUCAGCUGGUCCUCCUGGGCUUCAAGGAAAACCAGGAGGUGCUGGGCUGCCUGGCCAGAGGGGAGAAGUUGGAGAACCAGGACCUCCAGGACCCCCAGGGGAGAGGGUGGGAAGAGCUGCUGAUGAAAUAAUACUGUGUGUUUUGCCCUUUGUCUGUAUGUCCGGAUUUUAAUCGAUCAUUUUUGACACCAGGGUCUUCAAGGAUUUGUAGGCAAAGCAGGAAAUGUUGGACCUCCUGGUCCUCCUGGACCUCCAGGACAGGCAGUGAGUGCAGAUUCUGAUUUUGUAUUUUUGUAGAAGUUGUGAGGCCAAGAAAUGAUAAUUCAAACAAAUAAUAAUGUAAUAUAAAGAAAGAAUAUUUGGCCUAUUUCUUAUACAUGCUGUAAUAUGAAGUGAUUACUUUCAGAGGAGCAAAAUAAAGGUUUGAGGAAAUAAAAAGAGAAGAAGGUUAAAGGGUAAUAUGUGUAAUUUGUAAUUUCUACCAUCAUUGUAUGUUUUAGGGCGCUGCUGGCACCAACGGUAUCAAAGGAGACAAGGUGACCAUCCACGCCGACACAUAAGUCUGUCUCCUUUCCUAAAUGUUGAUGGGCUUCUUGAAGGGUGAACCAAUCAUUUUUGUUGCCAGGGAGAAGUUGGGGUAGGAGUACCUGGUGCCAGAGGAGAGAGAGGAGAUGCAGGACCCAGAGUAAGACAUAAUUUUUACAAUGAAACUGUCCCUGAUAUUCAUUUCCCUUCAGCUGAUUGAAUCUUCCUCUUGCGUUUUUGUGUGCUUGUCUAUUCCCAGGGGGAGGAGGGUCAUGCUGGCGCUGAUGGAGACAGAGGGCCUUCGGUAAACUCCGUGUUUUUUUUAUAUCCAUCACCCAGGGACAUAAAGGAACGCACUGAUGCUUUCGGCAAAGCUUUAAGGAUCUUUCUCAGAGUUUUUUAAAGAACCUUAAAGCACUGAUAAGCAACCUGAACAGAUGCACCGGCAUAAAUCUUUACUUCAGUUAUAGAAGAACCGUUCUUUACUGGGACAAAAUGUCUCCCACAGUAAUUCAGUAAGCUUGUCCUUCUUAGAAACCUUUCUUUUUAAUUCUAAUUAACCUGUGCUGACUGUUUAAUCACACUGUACACUCUGAGGAGUCUGACAUUUUUGCUUUUUUAGUCUUUCUUUCUGAUCUAAGAAUCAGGCAUAGAGUAGAGAUCAUUUUUUUCAGUGCAUGUUGUGUGUCAUUGUGUGUCCAUCAGGGUCCGCCAGGGGCUCGGGGACUCCGUGGAGAGAAGGUGAAUAUGACCACUCCUUUUAUUUUACCAUCUGUAUGUGACAUCACGCUACAUAUCCCGUUGGCUUGUGGCGUGUGCCUCCCCCCAAGCCAUCAUGUAAAGUAGGAAAUUUAAUUUACACGCCUCAAUGAAAUAUUUUGCAUUCAAUCUUUCUCUUUUCGUCCAGGGAGAUUCUGGGCUGCAAGGUGACAAAGGAGAGAAGGUGUGUUUGCAUUUUAAUAUCUAAUAAGCUUCACUUCUGCUACCCCCACAGCUUUCUCUUUCUCUGCCCGUGUAUUUGUUUGUGUUUGUAAAGAUGACAAGGAGGCAAAAAUGGGGGAGGAGAAGAUAAAAUUCGACUGCUUUUGAGAAAGCUCUUUCAUGAGAUCAAAUCAGUUAAUAGCAAGGGGAAAACAUGAAUACACACAAUGUUGAUACGCUCUGAUACAACAAGUAAAUCAUCUGAAGAAAAGGUAGCAGGAGCACAUGGUAAGGCUGACUUUCUCACAAGGAGAGUUUUCCUUUCACCCCAGAUAGUGUACUCUUGUCAUGAUUUUCACCCUGACAAAGGACAACAGUAUCGAGCCUCAAAUAUGACAACUGCAACCUAGUUCAGCCAGACAUAAGUGCUGUUCUGCACUUAGCCACGAGCAGACUCUAACUGUACUGUAGGGAUGGGACAUAUGGGCUAAAAAAUGUAUCACGAUAAGAUUUUCUAUUCUGGGGAUAACGAUAAAAGUCCCGAUAAAAAAUAUUAUAAUUCCAAUCUAUAGUUGGAAUAGUCAAAGAAGAUACUUGACCACAAGUUUAAAUGGUAGGUUACGGAGAAAACUAAUGACUGUGAUGAGUCAAGUGUAAUGUCUAUCUAUCUAUCUAUCUAUCUAUCUAUCUAUCUAUCUAUCUAUCUAUCUAUCUAUCUAUCUAUCUAUCUAUCUAUCUAUCUAUCUAUCUAUCUAUCUAUCUAUCUAUCUAUGACAACAAACAAGUCUCGGGCAUACCUGAUUGCGCUCAUCUAAGCCUCAGUCUUGAAGGAAAUCCCUCAUGUGGAGCCUCAUUCAGUAACGAGCUGCCCAGAAACGUCUUCUUCAUUAUCUUCGGCCAAGUUUGUCUGUUACUCUGCUCUGUGUGGGCUAUGGCUCGCUUGCACUUAUGUCAUCGACUAGCAUUUAUCAUAUUUAUCAUGAGAUGGCCAGGGCAGGCUGAGCAAUAAGUGCCGCUCUAGUCAACCGGUCCGACCCCCCCCCCCCCCCCCCGACCCCCGACCCGUCUGGACGCCGUCUGCCUCCUCGCUGGGUGAAGCCACUCUGAGAACAGCACCCUCUGUUGACGGGCUGCAGUAUAGGUCGUAAAUCCCGCCUCCUCCAGCAAUCCCUAUGGAGUUGUGGAGAAACUUUAGGAAUUAAUUACACAGCAUAUAAGGUCUGGGAGAAACUUUAGGAAUUAAUUACACAGCAUAUAAGGUCUGCACUCUCCGAGUGCUUUUCUAGUUUCUGUACAGCUCCGUUUUUAAAAGUUAUUAGAGGGUUCAUGUUUUCUAUGAUUGACACUUGAUACAGCCUAUGGGCGUACGAAGUUUGCGUAGCUCACCCUGUGGAAUAUGCUGUUUGACACGAGCGUCACCACAGCGACUCUCCCGCCAAAUGCGUACAAUGCUACUGCUCAAUGUUGGUUUUGGGAAGUGGAGAAAAAAAAACAGGAAAUACAGAGAGCUUUUAAGCUUCAAAUCCAUAUACUAACGGAAGGCGGAACCAAGUUGUCCAUAGUAUAUACAGUCUAUGGUUUGACCUAAUCUUAGUUGAAGAUCUUUAUUUGGACAUAGACCAGGAGGAGAAAUAGGAAGAGAGAGAAGGACAAAGCAAGUCCCACACAAGCUAUAAACAAUGUCAGAAGCGGCACAGGCAUCCCUAAAAAGGUCAAAGAUUUAGAAUUGAAACAUCAGGCAUAGGAUUGUAGUUUUGACUGUAGGAAUAAAGACGAAGUCAGCAUCUUGGGAAAUAUACUCAUUUGGAAGUAUUUUGUGAGGAAGAUAAGAAGGUACCACACAAGCCUGUUAUGUAAUUGCAGCUGAUGCUGGAGCUUAGCAGCAUUCGUAUGUGUCUCCAUUACUAACUCAAUUCAGUCGAUAUUAAAGCUUGUUCGUGGGUCCAAAUCUAAUGAGUUCUGCCUGUCUGACAGAGAGGCGGACUAAAUGUCUCACAUAAUACAACAGGUUAAAACAUUGUGUAUUGAUGUUUUAGCUUGAGGAUGUUUAGCACUUGUUCUCUCUCUCUCACAGGGCGACACUGUGUUGGUUGGAGGACCUCCUGGAGAAAGGGGCAACAAAGGAGAAACAGUCAGUAAACUCCUGAAAGUGUGUUGGAGAAAAAAUCUACUUUUGUUCAUGCUGGGUAAACAUUGUUAUGGUUUCUUUAUUAUUCCUUUCAAGGGGGACAGGGGACCAAAAGGUAUGCAAGGAGACAAAGGGACAAAAGGCCAAGACGGCCCAGCUGGGGAGCCGGUAAUUAUUACUAUUAUCGUUAUUUUUGCUUCAAGCUGUAAUCCUUUCAUAGUAUUUUCAGUGAGUAACACUGGAUUCAAGUUACAGUUGUAAAACCUGAUAUAUCCACAUAUUUUUGGGGGUAGAGACAUUAAAAUAAAAAAAAUUUAAAAACACAAUAACGCAUCCUCAACAUUUGUCUGAAUACAAAACAAUGAAAUCAAAUUGCCGAUUUAUUCAGAGCGGUGGCCCAAAAUGACAAAGCUUUCAAUUUUCACAGGAUAGAAAGCAGAGAGAGCCAGCAGAUGGUUUUUGUUGAAGCUGUACAAAUUGAAAUCUGUGGUUGUCUGGCAUUUUCAUUCAGAGGCAAUCAAUCCUCAUAACUGUAGUCAAUAUAUUUUGGCUUAUGUUACGGGUUUUAGAUAGUUUUAUUGAUAUGUAAAUCAGGGUUAGGUGAUACAUUUUCACUUCAAAUCACUCAACUGUCAGGAACAUUCGGGAAAAAAAUUGCAUUUAAACUGUUUUCUUCCAUUUUAAUAGAAAAAAAAACUCAUAAAUUAUUUUGCAGUAUUGUUUUGACACGUGAUCAUUAUGUGUAUUUGAAAUUAGGGUCUGAGAGGAGAACCAGGAGAAAGAGGAUCCACUGGAUUUCAGGGUGCGCGUGGCCCUGGUGGACAGAAGGCAAGUAACACAAAGUGUAGAUAAUCAAUGUUAUUAAAUCAGAGUCGGUCAGUAAACGGCAUAGCUAAUAAUUUCACCUCUGUCAUUACUGUAAUUCUGUCUUCUGGAUACAGGGUGAAGCUGGCCUACCAGGAGUACCCGGGGAAUCGGUCUGUGGUUUUUAUCACAAGAAAAAGCAAAUUUUGUGCGUGUGUGUUAUCUCUCUUUAUUGAACAUAACAAGAUUUGAUUUUUGUCUUUGUCUUACAGGGUUUACCAGGAAAAAAUGGGCUGUCAGGGCAUAAGGGGGAUAAGGGAGAGAUCGGUGUUGUUGGAAUGAGAGGAAUCAAGGUACCUUUACUGGCUGAGUGUUUGUCUUGGCACGAGAUAAAUGUUUGUUUGAUCUCUGUGGUUUCAACCUUGAAGCAUAUUUCAAGGGUGAGUGGCAGCUAUAAAACUCCAUGUUAGCAUGACUUUUAUAUAAUUACAGCAAAUGAACACAAAAUGUGUUAGAAAUAUUCAUGUGGAAUAUUUGCCUCCGGUCUAGCACCAUGUUGAUUAAUACCUGAAAAUAGGUGUUUGUUCAGUCUGAAAGACAUUUUCUCCACUUCAUUUACUCAUUUGAACUCGAUUCAAAUCAUUGAGCCAACCAAAGAUGUGGGCAACAGUCCAGAGGUGUGAAGACCUCCUUUUUUAAGUGGACUUUUAUACCUUUUUUGAAGUAGGCAAUUUCAUUUAAGGUCUUUUUUUGUGGAGAAGACAAUUAGAAGAAUUAAGGAAACAGCAAGUCAAACCCAAGUUUACAAAUACACGAAACAUUAAAAGUAGCACAGACAUUUUCAAAAUAUAUGACCCAUUGAAAGCUAGAAAACGAAGAGCAUUCCCACUUUCCCCAGAGUUGUGUUUAUUUGGAUUUCUUUUGCAAUCGAGAUAAGGAGGUACCACUUCUUUCAAACUGUAGGUGGCAGAUGGAAAGCCACAUUGGUUGUUUGUGUUAGGUACCAAAGUUUUAACAAAAAACAGAAAAGAGAGGGACCCACAUGCAGAACUCCAAAUGAUUUUUAAAUCAUUGGCGUGGUGAUGAGGUUGUGCGCCCCAUGUAAAGAGACAACUACAGACGUCUAUAAGUUGGCAGCCCGGGAUCUGAUUUCAGCCCCUGCAGUUACAAGCAGGUCCCCAUCCUGCAUGUCAGUCCUUGUCUUCUUUCUCAUGGUUUUCUACUUUAUCUUCUCUCCAAUCCUUUCUAAACCAAAACAUAGAAGCUGAAACACAUAUGCACCGAAAACACUUUAACCAGUGUUGUUUUGUUUAUUUCCACAGCUGGUGCAUGACAGAAUUUCAGUUAUCAUCUGUCGACUCAUCUACUUCUUGUUUCCCAAUAUUAAUAUGGUGUUAAAAUGUACACAUUAGACUUAUUGUUCCAUUUACUUGCAUGAACGUUACCCCCCACUUAUAACGCCAGCUCACACAGCCAGGAACACAUUAGUGUUCAACCAUAGUGUGAACAUAAUUAUCUUCUUGCUGCUAGUAGGACCUGGUAAAUCAUUUAUUAUGCAGUGAAGGGAACAGGAUUCUUCUUAAUAAGAGGCAUUGAAACUUUCAAUCAAGUUGUGGGAGUGUAAAACGAGCAGCAUGUAAGUUCAGGACUAGUAGGAAUGUAACUUUUGUUUUGUUCUAUGUUUUUUUUUUUUUUUUUGUACCAGUUGCUGUAGCCUUUAAAAGUUAUGCAUGAUGAUGAUACUCUUCUUGCAUGAACAACCUUUCAGGGACUAAAAUCAUAAAAGGGUUGAAAACCACCUAUUUGUUUAUCUAUGUAUUGAAUAUAUAAUAUAUAGUAUUGAAUUUCCCUUCGGGGAUUAAUAAAGUUAUUCUUAUUGGUAUGCUUUUAAAGAUAAUUGCAGACAGUACCAGCUACUCAGAGAUCUCUGCAGCUGUAUUGACUCUUAUCUUGCAUUAACCUGGCAUUACUGCUUCUGAAUAUGCGCUGGAAGAGAACUUACAGUUCUGUGUUCACUCGCUCACUGCACUUGGUGGGUCAUGUAGAGUGUGUUUAGUUAGUACUCACACACACGUUAAUAACACAUGUUAUUUGAGUGGGAGCAGGUAGAGGACUGUUCAGUUCUCUGUGAAAGGCCUCCCGGUCUGUAAAGGUUGGUGUAUUUUGUUCAUAUGUGACUCACAAGUGUUGUUAUAUCUGUGUCAGUGACGAACUUCAUACGUUUCCAGGGUGACCGAGGACCCAAAGGGCUUUGUGGAGGCGAUGGACCCAAAGGAGAGAAGGUGGGAUUGAGAUGCACAGAUUUAUUUAAUGUAAAAAAAAACACAGAGAGAGAGAGAAGUGUGGAGAAAUUGCUCAGUGAUUAUUGAGCUAAAUGAGUCAAAUAUUCAUGAGUCCUCUUCUGUUAAAUGAAGUCGGCUCUUGAAAAUAUGAUAACCAAGAUGUUUUUUGUAAAAGGGUGAUUCUGGUAUUCAUGGAAGACCAGGCCUAGCAGGAAGGAAAGGUGAACAGGUAUGUAUUCUCCUCAAGAAAAACAGAAACUAUCUUCUCUAGAUUGUAAGUUUUGGUGUGCUUCUUUGUGACUUGGUGUCCUCAAACUUGUCCUUUUUGUUUUCUAGGGGAAUCUUGGACCUGCUGGACCCCCAGGGACCCCUGGAAAAGAGGGAAUAGUCGGCCCAAAGGUGAUUUCAUUUUAAUCAAGAUCUUUAUACUUUUUCAGGAGCUCUUGACAAAUGAAACAGACUGAAGUAAACGGUGUUGGCUGUGGUUUAGCUGUGGAGUCAGUUUUCUUGAAAAUGUGAAGUUAGGGGUUGGAUCUUAGAUUCCAGUGUCACAUGCUAAAGUGUCCCUGAGCAAGAUACUAAACCCCAGGGGAAAAAUUUCUUGUUCUUUUUCUUCAAUGUUUAUUUAACAGGGACAAUAUAUACAACAUUGCCAUAAGAAAUGGAAAAUGUCAUGCAUACAAGACGUCUAGCUUUAGCUAAUUUGCAGUCUUUGUCCCUGGUCAGGCUUUAGUGUAGGAUAAAAUAUACUGAAUACUAUAAAUGCAAUAAUACAACUACAGUGGAUAAUAGUGAAUGGCUAGGUGAUACGAAUAAAUAAACACAGCAACAAAGUUUAGGUUAAACAAUUACACAAGAGCGUAGAUGUUUCUAAAUGCAAAGUUGUUUCUUUUUCUGCAUAGGGUGAUCGUGGUUUGGAUGGAGCUGCUGGACCCAAAGGAGCUCAGGGAGAGAAAGGUGAAAGGGUGAGUGUCCAAGAACUUCUAUUAAAAGACUUUUAAAUAAAGUAAUUGUGAUGUCAUGCAAAAAGAGUAUUGAUUCACUGACACCAGCACAACGUUACUUAUACAAGCACACUAACAAAAACCCUGACAUACAUAACCAUCAGUGUCAUUGUGUCUUUAUUUAGGGUCCUCCUGGGGUACCUGGUCCUCCUGGUCCAAGAGGAGUAGAUGGGGCUGCUGGUGUGACUGGCCCCCAGGGACCAGUAGGUGCUAAAGGCCCAGAGGGGCUCCAAGGACAGAAGGUGAGCAUCCUUUAUUUAUCCUUUAUGAUGGUUUAUUACACAGAUAAAUAUCUUAUCAAACCAGCAAAGGUGUGCAACAUUAACACAGAUUUGGUUGUGAGGACGAUGUAAAUCAAAGUAAAGUACAGUGAAAGCAGAAGAAAUCUCAGUGUUAUUUACAUGACUGAAGUAGAGCACUCCAAAGAAACAGUCAAGUGUAGGUAGUGAUGUGACAACACACAUCAAAGUUUUGUUUUGUACAGUUUCGACGUCUUAAAUAUGAUGCCUCACUGGAAUAAAAACAAUAGUGUUUCUCCUCAGCUGUUCGCUUCUCUCUUGUUUGCCUGACUGUAACUUCUGUUUGAUUGCUGUGUAUUACUUCAUGAUGCCUCAAGAUGAUCGACAGCUUGACGGGCCCUGUGUUUGACUUGUGUCUCUGCUGGAUCAUUGAGUAAAUAAAGAAAACUGGUGACAGAAGAGCAGGGCCUAUUGAGUCUGUCUGAUGGAUGCUCUUUUUUUCAAACUCUCAUGAUUCAACUUUGUUGAUAAUAUUCUUUUAUAAGAGGGCCGGGCAUUCUACCAAUAGACCAGAAAACACUGGGGCGAAUAAUCUAUGUUGUACUGACUGUACACUCUAUAUAUACAGAGAAUCCAUUUCCACUUAUCAGUGAAGUCUGUAAAUGUGUACUGCUCUGCUCUGCAUACAAAACCAGGAAUACAUGACCAGCAUAACAGCUGUUAAAAAAUUGUCCUCUGCAUGUUGUAACAGUGUUUUUCCUGUGUAUCAGGGCGAAAGAGGUCCAAUCGGUCCCUCCAUGAUAGGUCCACGUGGUAUCCCAGGAAUUCCAGGAGAACGAGGACAACCUGUAAGUGUCACCUAGCUGAUUUUAAAGAAAGAAAAGAAACUAGUAGAUCAGAUGAGGACAUUUUUGGGACCCUUAUUGAAGCUGUUUAUAACUAUUAAACUUCUGACAGGUCUUCAAAGGAUCAAGAAUAGAGAGCGUCAGGACUAAGACACAAAAUGCAUCACUUUUAAAAUCUAUUUCCAGAAGUGACUGAAGCUGACUUUGACCUUCCACUUUGACUUUGCAUUCAGUUUGUGUGCUGUACCUUGUCUCACUCUAACGAACUAAUGUGCUGCGAGCCUCUCUGUGGGUUGGAUGUGUCCUAAUACGUGCCCAUGUUGCAGGGAGAGAUGGGCCCAGAUGGAGGCAAGGGAGACAGAGGCGAGCCAGGCAUGACGGUCAGUGCUUGAUCCUCACCUCAGGGCUCAAUCUAAAGAUGCUGACACAAAACGACACUGAAAGAGUGCUGCUGAUAUUAUGGGUGUUUUUUUGAGUCUGUACUCCUCCGUUUCCCUUUUACUUUAAAUGCAGGAGGAUGAGGUCAGAGAGUACGUUCGCUCAGAGAUGAAUCAGCACUGUGGUGAGUCUUUUAUGUGGAUGCAUUACUAAUUUAUAAGUGUUGUCCCCAGGUUGAACUUUAGAUCGUGAUCACAACAUGUGAGUCACAGCCUCUAAAUCUAACCCUUUAGAAAUAAGACAGCGAAGAAGCCGAACUAAUAUUCAACAGUGACUCCUAAAAACUGACAUUUAUUUUUCUCCCUCUUUUUGCUUCCUUCCUGUCCAUCUGUCUGGUCCUCAGCGUGUGGAGGUGAGUGAGCCGCUCGACUGCAGCAGGAAAGAGGGGUGGACAGACGGGCUGUGAUUGAGCAUGAGUCACAGCGGUGUACUAUACCACAUAUGCUGCUGCAGAGUCUGUGCUGAGAGCAGUCAGGCUCAUUCCUAUUUUAUAUUUCAUAUGAAACACUUUAGUGCAUUUGCUCUCAUUGAGAACUUCUGUGGGGUUGAAUGAGAAAGAUGCAUCAUUACUGAGGCUCUUGUAGAUGAAAAUAAUUCUCCUUUAGACAGGAUUUAUUUGAGAAAGAAAUAAGAUCAUAGAAGAUAUUCUAACUUUACCAUUAAUUAUAACUUGUAUAACUUGAGUGCAGUCCAUCACAAACUUCCCUUGUUUUGCAGACGCAUUGAGAGUCAGAGAACAAAAAGCAAAGCACUGUUUGAUGCAAAGUAGCCUUAUUAGAUUACAAAAACAAAACUGUGUGACUUAUGAUAAGUGAAAAACCUGCUACAGAAUUUCUAAAGAGGCUGGUAUGUUUUUAUCAUGGGUGUCACUGGCACAAAGAGUAUACACACACACUAAUAAAAUGCUGCUACUAUGUUAGGUCUAGCAUUGGGGUGAAGGAGCUCUAGUUUGAAAAAAGCAAAUGACCAUCAGUUAUCCAACCUCAAACUAAUGUCAUUUUAUUUAAGAUAAACGCAUUGUUUUUACACCUUAUAUUUAAACAAAACUCCCAGACCCUGCCAGAGACUUUUCAGUAGGUUAGCAGACCCUGUGUUCCAGGCAGGGGGCGGGAAUCACAUUAUCUUCUGCUGUGCAUGAAUAGUUUGUGAUACUACUUUUUUUUAAGUAAUUACACAGCUUCAAGUCCAUUUGUGGAUCCUGAAUUUGAUCUUUCUCUUAGAUAAACCUCAUACUUUCAUUUUUGUGAUUUUGUGUUCUGCCGCAUUAUAUCUGUGCACAGCAGCUGUAUAAUAUACUCAUAUAAUAUGACAGGAAAUCCAACUUAAAUGUCCUUACAGGUCAAAUGAACGACACCAGUUGUUCGCAAAGACGUGCCUUUAAAUAAUAUCAAAGAAAUAUUACCAUAUUUGUAUAAACACGUGUAUUCGUUUAAGCUGUUUUCAUUUUAGUGUUGUGAAACAGCAGCUGCAGCAGCAUGUGAUGUGAGGCAGGCUGGUGUUGUAUACAUAAAACAAAAAGAAAAGGAAUGAGGAAAAAUAACAUUUUACUUAUUUUUAUUUAAUAUCACCUCAGGGAAAGGUGUUUGUUUCUGAAUGCACUAGUCAAAUUCUGCAAUCUUUAGUUGAAUUGAUUCUGAUUCAAGUCAAAAACUUUUGACUCGAUUGCGACACAAGUUCAUAUAAAAGUGACUUGAGUCCUUAAAGGAUUACAGACAGUUUUUGGAGGACUGCCAUGUGUAGAGCUGUCUCACAAAAACUUGUAAAAUCCUUUUAUUUAUGUUGGAACAGUGGGAUGAUUUUUGUGCUGCUUUGGGUUUGUUUUGGCUCAUGUGUCGAAAGGUUUUACUACCAGUAAGUUCUGUUUCUAGCCCCCUCUCUCUUUUUCCUUCUGUGUAACACUUACUUGGUCCCCCUCGCUCCAUGAAUGUCAUCCCUGCUUCCUCGCCGUUCCUGUAUUUUCUCCUCCCAUUUAUGUAUCUGGCUCUCUCAGGUUCAGUACCAGUAGGUCGCUCUUGGCCCACGGUCAGGGCUCGGCCUGCACCGGAGCAACAAGUGGUCGUGAAGGGUGAGGAGGAGGAGGGUGAGUGUGUCCGUCAAUCGCUCUGCCUCUUGGGCCUUAAUCUGUGUGUGUGUCUUUCUGCAUACCCGUCCUUAACAAACAGGUCUGACUUGGUGAUGUUGCAUCUGGAGACCUCUGAACACUGGGUGGUUUUCUUGUUUGGAAAACAGAGGACUCCAUUUUUGUUUAUGUUCCAUAUAAGUUUUUAUGUUAUAUCUAGACUUGUACAACUUUAAGGAUGUAAGUUUUAUUUAAUUUUCUGUUCUGCAUCUGAUUCGAAGGAUUUCUGACCUGUGUGGCAUUGCUCUUCUCCCAGGCCGUGAGCUGCGUGUGGUGGUAAACACCAAUGACCCAGACUACGAACACGUCUACUCUAUCGAGGCUUACGAUGACCCCCUGGAUGAGCCGCUCCUCUUCACUUCCCUGAACAACCAGAGCGAUGGUAAUUUGUGUUGUACUAAUCCAGUGCUUUUGUACAGUUCUAACACAAGCUAGUUGAUACUUGGUGGUGUCUUUUAAAAAGAAAGAAAACCAAAGGAGAUAGUUUUUCAUUGAAAGAAAUACAUUAAUAUAUAACCAUAGAUUACAGCUUAAAUUUAAAUGCACUCUUCCUCACCAAAACGCACUGUAUAUACUAUUUAGGGUCUAAAGUAAGUAGCGCCUUAUGUAACACACGUAAUAUUUAGUGAUUACUGUUUUGUCUGGAGACCUUUGUCUCUCUAUGCCCCUUACGUCUUAUAACCUGUGUGUGUCUGUAACAUUAACUCUAGAAAGACAAAGAGGAAGGUCUUUGAUGCAUCCCAUAUAUUAAUACACCAGCUGAGGUGACGUCACAAAUGAAAUACGAGUCCUCUCACACCGCAGUUUGUUGCUGCAUAUCAUUCUGCACCUUUUUUUUUGGUUCACUAAAGACUUUAACAACUAACCUUUGAGUAUCAACACAUAAAAUACUAGACACAGGGUCAUGUAUUUCAUACUAUAUAUAUAACAACUGACACCAGAGGUUGCAGCAUCCUGAACAUUGUUACUGGUAAGUGAGUCAGAAACUGUUUUUGGGCUUGAUUUUGCCACAAAAUCUUGACUCUAACCAGAGAAUCACGCAAUGAUUAAAAAAGCAAACAUGAAGUCACAUUUCUUUUUUUGCUUUAGAAGUUUGAGCCUAAAGUUUAAGUCCUAAAACACGUCCAGAAUCCAUUUGCAUACCAGAGGGUGUUUUGUGCAGUUUACAUACUAACAAAUAAGCAUGCCGACAGCAGAUGUACAAGAUCUUGUGUAACCCCUGCUCCAAAACAAAAACAUUUGUCAAAAUAAAUUCAAAGAGCACUUCUUACCAGACUUGGAGUCAGUACACUGGCUUUCAGUGACCUUUAUCCUCCUCCAGACUGAGGCCACGAAGUCUGAAUCAGAUUUUCUGACAAAACUGUUCCAUCUAUUACGAUAUAAGGCAAAUUGCCCACAACAAUGGAGGAAUUGAUGUUAUCAUUAAGACCAACAUUUACAACUGACAUAAACAUUGGGUGACUAGAUCUAGAUCUAGAAACACCAAUAUCCCCCUUUAGCGAAAUGAUUUUAGUCAGCCAGUGAUAAUCCCCAAUAUUAAUUCAAUUGCUUUACAUGCUCCAAACUUUGCUGUUUCGUGUAAUAAACAGAAGAUGGCAUUUUAAAUUUCUGCUCACGACCCAUAAUUUGAUUUAUUCAAUCAGCAUGUAAUCCAAUUUAUGCUAGAGGAGCGUGUCUCAUAUUAUUUAUGCGUUUCACUUUGUGCUCAUUUCACCACAUAAUAAGUCUGCGUUGGCCUCAUGUAUUUCCUCACACAGCUUUUUUCCAUGCACCCACCAUCUUCCAUCUUCAGUCUGUGUUCUCGCAUGUAAAUACAAUGUUUUGACACUGUGUUUCUGUGUGUGUGGACAGGUCAGGCUGUCAAAGGUGAAACUGACAAAACAGUCAAAGUUGAAGCAAAGAAAUUAGCCAGUGCUGCCAUUAAGAGAGCAGCAACAGAUGACGGUCAGAGAGCAGUCAAAGUAUCACAUGUGAAAACAGACACGACCAAAUCAGUCAAGACCAAGAGCAGAGUCACAGGGGAAGGUAACCAGCUCAUGUGUUCUUCUAUUUGGGGAUCUAAAAAGGGUUCGUUCUGCCCUCAUGCCUGCCUGCAUAGUGUUUGGCCAUCUUUGCAUGUCACAGGCUGCACUGGCUGCUGACUUUAAGACAUGCCUCCAGAGAAUUGGAUAAUGUAUCAGUGCUGAUGAGUGAUAAGUGAAAUAUUUGAACUCUUACAAUACACAGGUUGGUUUGGAUAUGGCUUUAUGGUCAUGACUGCUUGUUUUUGGCUUUGUUGCUCUGUGCUGCUGCCCUGUUAUUGCACUUCUUUGCCAGAUUUGCCCUUUUCUCCAUGCUUGAGAUUUUCUAUGAGUCUCCCCUCUUCACUGGUUUAUGUGUGUGUGUGUGUGUGUGUGUGUGUGUGUGUGUGUGUGUGUGUGUGUGUGUGUGUGUGCGUGCGUGCGUGCGUGCGUGCGUGCGUGCGUGUGUGCGUGUGUGUGUGUGUGUGUGUGCCCUGCAGCUCCCGCAGACCCGUGCCUUCUGCCCAUGGAUGAGGGCAGCUGUGGGCGAUACACUCUGCGCUGGUACUUUAACAGUCAGGUUCAGGCCUGCAGGCCUUUUAUCUACAGUGGCUGUGAAGGAAACAACAACCGCUUCCUUCAGCCAGAGGAGUGCGAGGAGGCCUGUCUUCGGGAAGUCACAGGUACACAACCACACACACACCUUCACUAAAACACAAAAUUUUGGCCACUUAAUGUUUGUGAACUAAUGACUGAUGUGUUGUGCAGGACCAGGGCCCUUGAAAACAGCACGGUGA